AUGUCAACACAAGCUCCAACAUUUACACAGCCGCUUCAGAGCGUUGUGGCACUAGAGGGUAGUGCCGCAACGUUCGAGGCUCAAGUUAGUGGUAAUCCAGUUCCAGAGGUGAGCUGGUUUCGUGAUGGUCAGGUUCUUACUGCUGCCGCUCUGCCCGGCGCUCAGAUCUCGUUCAGCGAUGGCCGCGCUGUUCUGAUGAUCCCCGCCGUGACAGCCGCACACAGCGGAAGAUUUUCUGUCAGAGCCACCAAUGGCGCUGGACAAGCCACUAGCACAGCUGAACUGCUGGUUACAGCGGAAACUGCGCCACCAACCUUUAUUCAGAGACUACAGAGUGUGAACGUGAGACAAGGAAGCAAAGUGAGACUGGAUGUUCGAGUGACCGGAAUCCCUACACCUGUGGUGAAGUUCUACAGAGAGGGAGCUGAGAUUCAAAGCUCUGCUGACUUUCAGAUUGUUCAAGAAGGAGACCUUUACAGUUUGCUCAUCGCUGAAGCUUUCCCGGAAGAUUCAGGAACUUAUUCUGUCAAUGCAUCUAACAGCAGCGGACGCGCUACCUCGACUGCCGAGCUUCUGGUUCAAGGCGAAGAGCUUGCGGUGCCUGCUAAGAAGACCAAGACUAUUGUCUCAGGCUCUCAGAUUUCACAGACUAGAGUUGAAAAGACAAUGGAGGCCUCUUUUGAGUCCACAGCCAUGAUGGAAAUGCAGAUAGAAGAUAGUGACUUGGCUCACAAAGCACCUCCUCGUGUGCCACCAAAGCCGACACCAUCGACAGGGACGCCAAAGGUCACAUCUACUCGCCAUCAAUCCCCUUCCCCUGUGAGAUCUGUGAAAGCCCCCAGUCAGACACCUCACAGACCUGCGUCCCCUUCAAGACUGUCUGUGUCCCCAAUCAGACCAGUAAAGUCUCCACUCACCACCAACAGACAAGUAUCACAGGGUGCUGAUGUUCUUCCUCCAUGGAAGCAGGAGGGUUAUGUGGGAGAGUCCAGUUAUACCAGCAUGACUACUGGCACCUCAUAUGUCCAGACCUCCUCCACAUUUUCCCACAAGGAGCAGCAAUGGGAAGGUUCUUACACAUUGCAGCAACAAGGUGGUGGAGUCGCUAUUGUUGAGACUGCAGCAAUCCCAUCCUACACGAAGGAGCAAGUGAUGCCACCAACUAUUGUGGCUGGAUUGAAGAACGUGACUGUCACUGAGGGAGAAUGUGUGACUAUGGAGUGCCAGAUUUCAGGCCACCCCACACCAGCCAUUAUGUGGUUCAGAGAGGAUUACAGAAUCGAGAACUCCAUUGAUUUUCAGAUCACUUAUGAAAACAGUUUUUCCCGUUUGGUGAUCCGCGAGGCCUUUGCAGAAGAUAGUGGCCGCUUCACAUGCACUGCUACCAGUGAGGCAGGAACCAUCAGCACCUCCUGCUACCUGCUGGUCAAAGUUUCAGAAGACAUUGACAGCCAAGAAAAUUUCACUACUGUCUCUGAACAUGUUGAAAUGACAGCUCAGGAAAGACAGUUUGAAGCCAGAGAGGAGACCAUGUCUGAAAUUAGUGCCGUCUCCGAGUCUGUGGAGGCUGGAGGAGGCGUUACCCCAUUCUUUGUGAAGAAACCCACAGUGCAGAAGCUAGUGGAGGGAGACAGUGUUGUCUUUGAGUGCCAGAUCGGAGGCAGCCCCAAGCCUCAUAUUUACUGGAAGAAGAGUGGGAUCCCACUCACCACUGGAUAUAGGUACAGAGUGGCCUACAAUAAAGACACCGGGGCCUGCAAGCUGGAGAUCUCUAUGACGUUCCCCGAUGAUGCUGGAGAAUACACCAUCUUUGCCAGGAACCAAAUUGGAGAGAGUUCUGCCUCAGCCUUUCUGCUGGAAGAAGAGGCAUAUGAGGCCUAUAUGAAGAAACAGGACGAGACAUAUCGGACAGAAUUAAUCACUACAGUAGAGGAGCCAAAAGUGGCUGAUGUACCUACCGUUGUUGAGAGUGUAACUGAGAAAGAGAUGAUCAUGCAGAGGAGGAUGGCUCAACAGUCCCAGAUGAUGCACUCCUUCAUCUCAGAGCAGGAGUUUCAGAUAUCUAACUUUGAGCAGAGAUGUAUUCAAGAGAUCGAAUUCCGUCUACUCAAGAUUACCUACCAGGAGUUGGUGACUGAGGAUGGAGAGCUGAUGGAUAUGAGCAUUUCUGAGCAUGAUGCUGUUUCACCAGUAUUUAAUACCCCAGUUAAAAGUUACAGACUCAGGGAGGGCAUGAGUGCAACUUUCCAUUGCAGGGUGACAGGAACCCCACUCCCUAAGAUUACUUGGUACAAAGAUGGCAAACGCAUUACACAUGGAGGCCGUUAUCAGAUGGAGGUUCUGCAGGAUGGUAGAGCCAGUCUGCGUCUUCCUGUAGUGCUGCCAGAAGAUGAGGGUGUCUAUACUGCUUUGGUCAGUAACAUAAAGGGUAAUGCUGUCAGCUCUGGAAAACUCUCUGUUGAGCCAACCGGACCAGCACAGAAACUUUAUCCUCAACAAGGAGCAGUUCAAAGAAUCCGGUCCACUUCACCACGUUCUGCAAGUCGUUCACCUGGGCGCUCACCUGCUCGUAGACUUGAUGACACAGAUGAGGCCCAGCUGGAAAGACUGUACAAGCCAGUGUUUGUACAGAAGCCAUCAUCCUUCAAGUGCUCUGAGGGACAGACUGCACGAUUUGAUCUCAAAGUAGUAGGAAGACCUAUGCCUGACACCUACUGGUUCCACAACGGACAACAAGUGGUUAACGACUACACCCACAAAAUUGUGAUUAAGGAGGAUGGAACUCAGUCGAUGAUUGUGGUUCCUGCCAUGCCUCAGGAUUCUGGAGAGUGGACUGUUGUUGCUCAGAACAGAGCUGGAAAAACUUCUGUAUCCGUCACUCUUUCGGUUGAAGCCAAGGAAAACCUGGUUAGACCCCAGUUUGUUGAGAAGCUAAGAAACAUCAGUGUUAAAGAGGGUACUUUGGUUGAGCUGGCUGUUAAAGCCAUUGGCAAUCCUAUUCCUGAUAUUGUCUGGCUGAAGAAUAGUGACAUCAUCUCCCCGCACAAACACCCAAACGUUAAGAUUGAGGGUGGUAGAGGGGAGGCUUGUUUUAAGAUUCCCUCAAGCUCAGGAUCUGACAGCGCCUGGUACACAGCUACUGCCAUUAACAAAGCUGGCAGAGAUACCACUCGCUGCAAAGUCAAUGUGGAAGUGGACGCAGUCCAACCUCAGCCUGAGAAAAAGCUGGUCAUUCCCAAGGGAACUUACAAGGCCAAAGAAAUUGCUGCACCAGUGUUGGAACCACUGCAUCUUCGCUAUGGCCAGGAACAAUGGGAAGAGGGUGAUCUCUAUGACAAAGAGAAGCAACAGAAGCCACACUUCAAAAAGAAGCUGACCUCAGUUAGACUGAAGCAAUUUGGACCUGCACACUUUGAGUGUAGAUUGACCCCUAUCGGUGACCCAACCAUGAUUGUUGAGUGGCUGCAUGACGGCAAGCCGCUUGCAGCUGCUAACAGACUUCGUAUGGUCAAUGAGUUUGGCUAUUGUAGUCUUGACUAUGAAGCUGCUUAUGCCAGGGACAGUGGUAUCAUCACUUGCAGAGCCACCAACAAGUUUGGUGUUGACCAGACCUCUGCAACGCUGAUUGUGAAGGACGAGAAGAGUCUGGUGGAAGAGAGCCAGUUGCCAGAAGGAAGGAGAGGACAAAGAAUUGAUGAAAUGGAACGCAUUGCUCAUGAGGGUGGCCCCUCAGGAGUCACUGGAGAUGAUGUUUAUGAGAAGACUAAGCCAGAGAUUGUCCUGCUUCCAGAGCCAGUAAGAGUUAUGGAGGGAGAAACUGCUAAGUUCCGCACCAGGGUGACUGGCUACCCGAGCCCAAAAGUCAACUGGUACCUCAAUGGACUGCUCAUUCGCAAGAGCAAAAGAUUCAGACUACAAUACGAUGGUAUCCACUAUUUGGAAAUCGUAGACACCAAGUCCUAUGAUACAGGAGAUGUUAAAGUUAUGGCUGAAAACCCUGAAGGUGCAGUUGAAUAUGUUGUCAAAUUUGAGAUUCAGCAGAGGGAGGACUUCAGGUCUAUCUUGCGCCGUGCUCCUGAGAACAAAACUACUGCACCUGCACCGACACAAGAGCAUGGCAGAGUCUCCUUUGAUGUUGUCAAAUCUGAGAAGUCAUCCGAGCCCUCAAAAGAUCCCAAGGAAGUGGUUACGCUGAGGAAAACUGAGAGAGUAAUCCAUGAGAAACUAACAGAAGAGACAGAGGAACUAAGAAGCAAGUUUAAACGUAGGACCCAGGAAGGCUACUAUGAAGCAAUAACUGCAGUUGAGCUCAAGUCUCGCAGGAAGGACGAGUCUUAUGAGGGAAUGCUAAAGAAGAGAAAAGACGAACUUCUGCAUCGUAACAAAGAACUGGGGCCUGAUGCGGAAAUUACUAAAGAGGAAGAACAGAAACUCACCAUCCCCAAAUUCAAACCAGAGAGAAUUAUGCUUUCUCCAAGCAUGGAGGCUCCAAAGAUCAUUGAAAGGAUCCAGAGCCAGACAGUUUGCCUGGGAGAUGAAGUACACUUCCGUUGUAGAAUCACCGGUAAACCAGAUCCAGAGUGUCAGUGGUUCAAGAAUGGUAUCAUACUCGAGAAAACAGACCGAAUUUAUUGGUUCUGGCCAGAGGACCAAGUUUGUGAAUUAGUGAUCUUGAAUGUCUCAGCUGAGGACUCUGCAAGUGUAAUGGUAAAAGCCAUGAAUGUUGCUGGCGAGACCUCAAGCCAUGCCUUCUUGCUGGUUCAAGCCAAGCAAGUAUUGUCAUUUACACAAGAACUAGAAGAUCAAAACGCCAAAGAGAAGGACACCAUGGUGACCUUUGAAUGCGAGACAAAUGAGCCAUUCGUCAAGGUCAAAUGGCUUAAAAACAAUGCAGAAAUUUUCUCUGGUGACAAAUAUAGAAUGCACUCUGACAGAAAGGUGCAUUUCCUAUCUGUGCUGGUGAUUGAAAUGAAGGAUGAAGCAGAGUACAGUUGUAUUGUUAUUGACGAUGACCAAAUAAUAACUACCGCAACACUAUACGUUGAAGGUGCACCACUUGAAAUUUUAAAGAACCUUGAGAAUACAGAAGUCCCUGAGACAUACUCCGGAGAGUUUGAAUGCGCUUUAUCCCGUGAGGAUGCUGAAGGCACCUGGUAUUUUGAGAACAAAGAAAUUACUCCUAGUCUCAAAUACGUUGUGUCCGCACGUCGCGGUCGCCACAGUCUUUCUGUCAAAGAUGUUAAGAAGGAGGACCAAGGAAAAUACACCUUCAAAGUGGGAGAUCUCAAGACAAGUGCCUCCCUUAAGAUGAAAUUGCGCCCUGUUACUUUGAUGCAAGGUCUUUCUGACUUGACGAUCUGCGAGGGUGAUAUUGCCCAGCUUGAAGUGAGAUUCUCUCAGGAAAAUGUGGAAGGCUCAUGGAUGAAAAAUGGUCAGGACAUCUCUGCAUCCAGUAAGAUUCACAUGGUCAUCGACAAAGUCACCCAUAAGCUUCUCAUAGAAGAUGCCAGCAAGGAUAAUGCUGGGAUCUACUCCUUUGUCGUUCCUGCUCAGGACAUUUCUACAUCUGGAAAAUUGACAGUUCAGACCAUCGGCUUCUUGGCACCACUUAAGGAUGUUUCCACGGUGGAAGGAACUAAAGCCGUCCUUGAGGCUAAAAUAUCUGCCCCUGAUAUAAGUUCAAUAAAAUGGUACCACAGUGACAAGCUAUUGACAGCAAGUGACAGAAUCCAGAUGGUUGUCAAAGGAUCUAAACAGAGACUGGCCAUAAGUAGGACCUAUGCUUCAGAUGAAGGACAAUAUAAACUGAUCGUUGGCAAAGUGGAUUCGACCUGUACACUUUCUGUCCAGAAAAUCAGUAUUGUUAAGCACAUGGAGGACUGUGUUUGCACUGAGACUCAGAAUGUCACCUUCGAGGCAGAGGUAUCCCACCCUGGAAUUGAUGCUCUUUGGACUUUCAAGAAUCAAGCUUUAAAAUCAGGGGCAAAGUACAAGAUCGAGGCCAAAGGUACACACCACAGCCUCACUGUUUUGAACGCCAUGAAGGACGAGGAGGGAGAGUACGUCUUUAUGGCUGGUGAGAAGGAAUCUAGAGCAAAGCUUAUCGUAUCAGGUGGUGCUAUAAACAGGCCACUCCAUGAUGUAACUGUAGCAGAAUCCCAGACUGCAGAGCUGGAGUGUGAAGUUGCUAAUCCUAAUACAGAAGGCAAAUGGCUUAAAGAUGGCCAUCCUGUUAACUUCAGUGAUAAUGUCAGGAGUGAAAGUGAUGGUGCUGUCAGACGCCUUGUCAUCGUCAUCACUAGACCACAGGAUGUUGGAGAGUACACAUACCAGGUGGCAAACUCCAAGACAUCCGCUAACUUGAAAGUUGAAGCUGUUAAAAUCAAGAAGACAAUGAAGAACCAAACCAUUACUGAGACACAGGAGGCAGUGUUCAGUCUUGAACUCACCCAUUUAGAUGUCAAAGGAUCCCAGUGGAUCAAGAAUGGAAUUGAAAUUGUUCCCAGUGAUAAAUAUGAGAUAACAGUGGAAGGUGUGAUGCACACCCUGAAGAUCAAGAACUGCAACAUCCAAGAUGAAUCAGUCUAUGGAUUCAAACUUGGAAAGCUCUCCGCUAAUGCCAGACUGAAUGUUGAAACUAUCAAAAUUGUGAAGAAACCUAAGGAUGUGACAUCACUGUUGGGUGCCCCCGCCUCUUUUGAGCUGAGCUUAUCCCAUGAUGACAUUCCCGUCCAGUGGAUGUUCAAUAAUCAGGAGCUCAAGCCAAGUUCAAACAUCCAAAUACUGUCUGAAAGGAAGGCCCACAAACUUGUCAUUCAGAGUGUUGAAGACCAUAUGGCAGGAGAAUUCGUCGCCAUGGUUGGACAUUUGCAAUGCAGUGCGCAUCUUCACGUUGAAUCUUUGAGGGUCACGAAACCACUGAAGAACAUUGAGGUUCCAGAGACCCACGUGGCCACAUUUGAGUGUGAGGUUUCACAUUUUAAUGUUCCAUCAGUCUGGAUGAAGAAUGGGGAAGAGAUUGAGAUGAGCGAAAAGUUUGGAAUUGUGGUGCAGGGCAAACUUCAUCAGCUGAAGGUUAUGAACAGCAAUCAAAAGGACAUUGCAGAAUACACAUUUGUGUGUGGAAAUGACCUUGUCUCUGCUACCCUGGCUGUUAACACAAUUAUCGUCACAUCCGAGCUUCAGGAUUUAAAUGCCAAAGAAAAAGACACUGUUACGUUUGAGGUGACUGUCAACUAUGAAAGCGUCACCUACAAAUGGCUGAAAAAUGGAGUUGAAAUCCGUUCCAGCGAUAGAUGCCAAACUCGCUGCAAACAACUCACCCACACUCUCACAAUUCGCAAUGUUCACUUUGGGGAUGUUGGGGAGUACAAGUUUGUUGCAGGAUCUGCCGAAACAUCAGCAAACCUCUUUGUUGACGCUCGUGUAAUUGAAUUCACCAAGCCCAUUAAAGACAUCAAGGUAACCGAGAAGAAGAAGGCUAUCUUUGAAUGUGAGCUCUCUGAGCCGAAUGUCCAAGUGAUGUGGAUGAAGGAUGGCCAGGAACUUGAAAUGUCUGACAGGUUCAAGACUUCCACUGACAAAACCAUACAGCGACUGAUGAUUCAGACAAUACGCAUAUCUGAUGCCGGCGAGUAUUCUGUGGUUGCCGGUGGAAGUGUUUCAAAGGCAACACUCACAGUGGAGGGCAAGGAUGUUCAGAUCUCUGAUCCUGCUGAGAAGGACAUUACUGUGGUUGAGAAACAGAGAGCUACAUUUGAGUUUGAAGUAAAUGAGGAUGAGAUUGAAGCCCGCUGGAUGAAAAAUGGUGUUGAAAUUCAGUCUUUUGAGGAGAGAUUCAGCUAUGUGACUGUUAGGAAAACACAUCGCUUGACAAUUACUGAAACCUACAGAAGCGAUGCUGGCGAAUAUACUUUUAUUGCGGGAAAGAACAGCAGCACUGUCAAUCUACAUGUCAAGAUCCCUGAGCCUCCUCAGAUCAUCAGGCACAUGCAGCCUCUCUCUGUCGAGGCCGGAAAACCUGCACGUUUCUCCGUGGAAGUGACAGGAAUCCCUCAGCCUCAGGUAUCCUGGUACAAGAACUCUCAGGCCCUGUCCUCUGGGUUCAAGUGCAAGUUCCUGAGGGAAGGUGAUGAGCACGUAUUGUUGCUCAUCGAGGUCUUCCCAGAAGACGCAGCGCAGUACAACUGUGAAGCUAAGAAUGAUUAUGGAGUAGCCACAAGCUCUGCCACACUCAAUGUGGAAGUUUCAGAAGUGCUUUCUCCAGACACUGUAUGUCCAGCGUCUCCACCAGUAAUCGUUACAUCACUUCAAGAUACUUCUGUUGAAGAAGGGGAAUCAGUCAAGUUCCACUGCCGUGUCUCUGGAGAUGAUAUGAAGAUCACUUGGUACUUCAGGGAUAAGGAAAUAAUGCAGUCAGACAACUUCAGAAUUUCUCAGUUUGAAGAUACCUGCCAGCUCGAGAUUUCUAGAGCUUAUACUACCGAUGCAGGAGAAUAUACGUGUGUCGCACGGAAUUCUGGAGGAAUGGUUUCUUGCUCUGGAGUUUUGACAGUCAAUGAUCUCAGUCUGAGAACAGUAGGUAGGCAAAGUGUAUCGAGCUCCGGAAUAACUCGGUCAGAGAUGUUCACCUCCCAGACCAUGAGCGAGAUUCAUUCGUCCACUAUGCAAACUUUCGAAAGUGUGUCUACGGUGAUGAUGUGCUCUUCAUCUAUUAAAAGCAAAGAGGUCCAACAAGUAACCUCUGUGGAAGAAUAUUCGACGAGCCCUGUGUUGACCCUCAAAAUGAGUGACAUCAAUGUAAAUCUGGGCGACGUGGCUCAGUUUGACUGUUCCUUCAGCGGACAGCCGUUUACUCAAAUUGCAUGGAAUCACAAUGGAAGGACAAUCGCAGAUACAGAAAGGGUGCAGUAUUUUAACCAAGGAGGGGUCAUAUCUCUCGUCAUACACAAUGUCCAGCUUGGAGACCAGGGAAAUUACUGCUGUACUGUUAAAAAUAGAAAUGGCGAGAGUCAAACGUCCGCACGGCUCACAGUAGAAGCUAAAGAAGCAAAUCCCAACGAAACCCCUGUACCCUCCGAUUCUAUCAGUAAAUCUUCUAAAACUGAAAAUGAACCGAGUAAAAAGGCCUCUGAGCAGGAAAAGCAGGAGUCUUUACAGAAUGUUGGAGGCCUGGCAUCAAAGUGGCAGACAAGCCGACAUUACUUUCCUGAUGUUAUACCUUUGUUGGAUCGUGACAUGUAUGAUGCUAUUGAGCCAGAGUUCCCUCUGAAACUGUCCCCAGAAUUUCCACAGAAGAGUGUUUUUCCUUGUUAUGUAAUCAAAGGAAGCCCCUCUCCAUUCAUUGUAUGGCUAUACAAGCAGUUGAUCAAUGAGGAGCCAAGGUCAUACUCCUUGAAACAUGAUGGGCCCUUGUGCUGCUUAAAUGUAAAGAAUGGUUCUGGGAAAGGGGUCACACAUUCUUGCAAAGUUAUCAGUGCUGCAGGAGACAAAACAUGCAGCACUCAGACAGAGUUCAAAGUGGAAGAAGAGCCCAGUCAUGAAGUGGAAGUUAAAGUGCCUCCAGUUUUCAAGAGGAAGAUAAUUGACGUGGACAGCAACAUUGGCAGCCCAGUGAAGUUUGAGUGUGAGAUUGAAGGCGCAUCCAACGUGACCUUCAAGUGGUUUAAGUCUGACUCAGAAAUCAAACAGGGUGACAAAUACAGGAUCAUCAGCAAGCUUAGCACCUCAUCCUUGGAGCUUCUGAACCCAACAAAGGCAGACGCUGGAGAAUACAGCUGCCAUGUUUCCAACAAGCACGGUAGCGACAGCAGCACUGCUAACCUGAAAAUCACUGAACCCCCCUCCAUCACAAAAGAAUUUCCAAUGCUGGAUGUAGUGGAGACCUGUGCUUUAUUUGGAAGAUUCUUUGGUCAGAAGACCUCUUUUCAUGCUAUCUUCCAGCAUUUACGGAUGAUCAAUAUAACCCAUAGACAUACUUUCCUCACAGCACAAGAGCCUGUCCGCUUUGUGAGGAAACUGAGCGACAUUUCCAUCCCAAUGAGCCACAUGCUGAGACUUGAGUGCACAUUCGCCGGAUCCCAGAAAAUCUUUGUCACUUGGUACAAAGAUGGCAAACAGCUCUACGCAUCCUAUCAAUACAACACCAAAGUGACAAAGAACUCUUGUGUCUUGGAAUGUUUACAUUCGUGUACGGCAGAAACCACUGGAUCAUACUCUUGUGUGGUCUCAAAUGUGUACGGAACAGAUAUUUGUCAUGCUAAUGUGACCGCAGUAACAGUUGAUUUCUUCUUCUCAGAACCAGCCAGGUUUGAACAGAAGCUUAAAGAUAUAGAAAUUGCCAUGGACGAAAAGGUGAAGCUUGAGUGCACAUUUACUGGAGCUCCAAAACUCUUUUUCACCUGGUACAAGGAUGGCAAACAAGUCUAUGCGUCUUAUAGAUACAACACUAAAGUUGCUGGAAACACUUGUACUUUGGAAUGUCUACAUGAUUGCAACCAAGACACUCCAGGAAAAUAUUCUUGUGAGGUGUCCAACUCCUAUGGAACUGAUAUCUGUCAUGCCCAAGUAACCACAGUCUCCGGUUAGUAUGAAUUAAAGCUUCUUAGCAUUGGAUAGAAGUUGAUAGGUGGAGUUGAUUUGACUGGUUUUAUGUUGUUUUACAGUUCAGCUGCAGUGAGCAUAUUUGAGUAUUUUAAAAGAAAAUCACUAUGUGGAUAAACUGCACAUCUGGCUAUUCUGAAAACAGUUGAAAAUGCAACUCUUGCAUGCAACGUGAAUGAUUGUCAUGUGUGUGUAAUGUGUUCCCUUUCAGAACGCAAAAUUCCACCAACCUUCACUACGAAACCCUCAGAGCACAUUGAGGAUAGUGAAGGAAAAUCAGUGAAGCUUGAGGGUCGAGUGUCUGGGUCACAGCCUCUAUCCAUAAGCUGGUACAAAGAUAAAGGAGAGAUCUUCACCUCGGACAUCUAUGACAUUUUCCUCAAGAGCAACAUGGCUGUGAUGUGCAUCAAAAAUGCCAAAGCCACAGAAAGUGGUAUUUACAUGUGCACUGCUUCUAAUGAAGCUGGCUCGGCCUCCUUCCAGGUGGAGGUUAAUAUCACAGAGCAAAAAAUGCCACCAUCUUUUGACAUUCCCCUCAAACCCAUGACAAUCAAUGAGGAGGAAAGGCUAAACCUUAGCUGCCAUGUCUGUGGCUCCUCUCCUCUGAAUAUUCAGUGGAUGAAGGACAGAAGGGAAGUCACAUCCUCUGCUAACACCAAGAUCACAUUUGUGGAUGGCACAGCCAACCUGGAGAUAAACAAGGCAUCCAAAACAGAUGCAGGAGACUAUCUGUGCAAGGCAACCAAUGAUGCCGGAAGUGAAUUCACCAAAGCUAAAGUCACAAUCAAAGAAAAAUCUGGUACUCCCCAAGUGCCAAUAGCCCCCACAGAACCUCAUGCAAUUAAAAAACUGGACAACUUGUUCUUUAUUGAGGAGCCCAAGAGCAUUCAUGUCGUUGAGAAGGGCACAGCUACCUUCAUUGCUAAAGUUGGUGGGGAUCCCAUUCCCAACGUGAAAUGGAUGAAGGGCAAAUGGAGGCAGAUGACGCACGGUGGUCGCAUCAACAUUCAGCAAAAGGGCCAAGAGGCCAAGCUGGAGAUCAAAGAGGUGACUAAAUCUGACUCCGGUCAGUACAGAUGUGUUGCUUCAAACAAACAUGGAGAAAUUGAGUGCAGCACCGACUUGAAUGUUGAUAAGAAAAAAGAGGCUGGACCAGAGGUGGUCAAACUGAAGAAGACUCCAUCAAAGCAGAAAAGUCCAAAAGAGGACAAAGACAUUGACAUUGUUGAAUUGCUAAGAAAUGUAGACCCAAAAGAGUAUGAGAAAUACGCUCGCAUGUAUGGAAUCACAGAUUACAGAGGUAUCCUUCAAGCCAUUGAGAUACUGAAGAAGGAAAAAGAACAAGAAAGUGGAAGAACGGGAAGUGAACUUGGGCGAGAAUAUGAUGAAGAUUUGGCAAAGCUUGUGUCUGACUUGCAGAGCAGAAUGGAACACACUGAACCUGUGACUCUAGUUAAAGACAUCGAGGACCAGACAACGCAAAUUAACAAAGAUGCAGUCUUUGAGUGUGAGAUUAAAAUCAACUAUCCAGAGAUUGCACUUUCUUGGUAUAAAGAUACAAAGAAGCUAGAAACUAGUGAUAAAUACAACGUUCAAAUUGUGGGUGAUCGUCACAUCUUGAAGAUCAAAAACUCUCAGAGCAGCGACCAGGGAAAUUAUCGCGUUGUUUGCGGGCCACAUAUAUCUGGUGCAAGAUUGACAGUAAUGGGUAAGUCGAUUUGAAAUUACCAACCUACAGUCUAUACUAAAUGUGCCGAUCAAAUUCAGUUCACCAAGCGCAUUCAGAAUAUUGUGGUGAAUGAACGCCAGUCGGCCACUUUUGAGUGUGAGUUAGCUUUUGACAAUGCGGUCGUCACCUGGUAUAAAGACGCAUGGGAACUUAAAGAGAGCCCGAAAUAUACCUUCAGAUGUGAAGGACGAAGACACUUUAUGAUCAUCCGUAAUGUAACAUCUGAGGAUGAAGGCGUCUACUCGGUGAUUGCACGACUGGAGCCUGUCGGUGAAACUAAAAGUACAGCGGAGCUUUAUCUGUCAGGCAAAGAAAUUGAAUUAAGAACACGUUCCUUUGACGUUCCAGAUACAUCAAUACAAGUGCCUGAUGUGUCAUCUGUGAUCAGUUUUAAGGAUGAAACCUCUGAAUUUCAUUAUGAAGAAAAGUCUGAAGUGACAGAGUAUCAGAGCUGGACAGUCCAAGAGGAGAGUGUUACUUAUGAAUUCUCUUCACUGCAAGAGGUGAAGAAACCCAUCGAAGAGACCUUUACAAAGACUGUAGUGGAAAAAACGAAAGAGACACCUGCUACGACCUUCGUACAGAGUACGCUGGUUCCUGAGAAAGAACCUGAAGUCAAGAAACCAGUUGAGGAGAAAGUGCCCUCUCUGAAAGUGACUGAGCAAAAUGAACAACCCCCAGCCAAAGAACCUAAACCUCAAGUGCCGGCAGAACCCAAAGAGACUCCAGUGGUUGUGGCUAAGCCUGAACCAAAACCUCAACCCAAGGCUGAGCCAAAAGUUAUUCCACAGCCUGAGCCGAAAGCUGCACAAAAACCUGAGCCCGAGGCUGAACCAAAAGUUCUGCCUAAGCCUGAGACCAAGCCGGAGCCAAAAGCUACACCAAAGCCUGUGGCCAAACCCAACACAGAACUUAAGCCUGCCAUUACAAUGAAAGUUGAAUCACCCUCCGUUAAAGCUUCUUUGGAGAUGAAGGAAGCAAAUGCUUCAAAGGUAAAGGUAGAUAGAAAACCGGAGCCUGCACUUGUGCCACCAAAGACAGAGCCAUUGAGGAAAGAAGUCUCUGCGCCAAUACAAGAUGAAGCUAAAGUCUUUUUCUCCAAGCCAUCAAGUGUAGAGCCAGCUAGUCAGCAAACUUACAAUCCAGAGCCAGUUACUAAACCAGAAGUCACAGCGGCUCCACUGGAGGUUUUACAGGAACAAACAAGAAAGCCACCUUCCCAGGAGGUUUCCAAAGUUGAGUCUGACAGAAAAGAAGAGCCUUUGCCCAAACCUUCAGAGUCCCGAGAGGCAGAACAAGCUAAAAAGCAAGAGCCACCAAAGAUGAAACCAACCCCCAAACCUGGUCUUGCACCAGUUACUCACAAAAAGGAGGCUUAUUCAAAGAAAGCGGCUGAAGUAAAGCCUGCAGAAGUACCACCUGAGAAAAAACCAAUGGCUAAGCGGGAGACUGAGAUGCCCCCAGUCAAAGUCUUUUCAGCUUCGAAGAGAAUUGAGCAAAUUCCCCAUACAGUGAAGGUGACCCAGGCAGCGAAAAAGAUUUGCAUGAUGGAAGAAUUAUGUUUAAGGGAGGAAAUUGUGGAGAAGAGUAGUGGCAUUUCUCAUACACUUGAGGACACUCAAGAAAUUGUGGGUCAUCACAUUAGAGAAUCAACUGCUGAAGAUAUAGAGAUAAUAGAAACAGAGGUCACCCGGAAGACAGAACAAACCCAAGCUAUAAAGAUGAUUGAACUGAAACAGUCAAAAGAAGAAUUGCACUUUGAGUGGAAAUUGCUGACAUCUUGUGUUGAAAAAAGAGAUGAACAACACACAGAAGAUGUGGUGGCACCUAUCAGUGAGAAAUCUCUGGAAAGGCAAGAAAUUAUGCAAAAUGAAAAAUAUGCAAUCAAGGAUAAUUACCCUCAGAAGAAACAUGUAACACCUGAAAUGGAGGUGGCCAUUCGGAGGACUAAAGAUAAGCUUGCUCACUCUCAGGAGUCUGUUCAUGAAAUCAAGAGAUCACAGACAGAACCUCCUCAGAUAUCAGCUGAAAUUACACCAAUAGUUAAAGCAAAAGAUAUUGCUACUAAACUAGAGGAAGUGCAUGAAAAAGAGCCCACUGUGGAAAAGAAACCAGUUCCUGAACCACCGAAAUCAACGGUGACUCAAGUUGAACAGAAAACAUUGCCACCUCCUAAAGAGCCCAUUGUUGAAAAGAAACCUGAAGCACCAAAACCAACUGUGGCUCCAGUUGAACAGAAAAUAUUGCCUCCUCCCAAAGAGCCCACGGUUGAAAAGAAACCAUCUCCUGAGGCACCAAAGCCAACUGUCGCUCCAGUUGAACAGAAAAGUUUGCCUUCUAAAGAUGCAGACAAAGGCCCCGUUGCUGCUCCUGGACCUGCUCCAAAAGAAACAACUAGCACCACACAAGCACUUCUUAAACAAAAGAGUAAAAUUCACUUGAAGGAAGAGGAAAGAAUGGAAACGUCGGCCACGAAGAAAGUGACUAGAAAAUUAAAAGAGCGUGAGGAAGAACGUGAAAUUAUAUCACUCAAGAAAGUUAUUAGGAUUGAGAGAGAGGAAUCACCAACGGGAGCAGGACCUCUUCUCCGAAAAACUGAGAAAGCCCAAAUUGUUGGAGAAGAGAUGGUGAUCUCAAAGGCUGUCACUGAAGUUAAGAUCACCAGCAGUUGUGAAGUCACUGAAGAUACUUGGUCCUAUGAAGCGGCUACAAUAAAAGAGAGAACAUAUGAAGAGGAAGGAAAAAAGACAGAAGUGUAUGAAGCGAAAGGUAAAGCAGAGAUUGUUUCUGAGGUUGACGGGAGUGGGAAAGGAAUUAUGGUCUCAUUGAACAAGGAACAUAAGGUGGAUGCAGUGGCUAAGGAUGAAAUCUCAAAAGAGCCUAAGAAAUUUAUAAAGAAAUCUGGUAAAACUACAACACAGGCAGAUGAUUCAGAAAAUGUUCAACUGAAACCAUUUUCCAAAGCUCCUGUAUCUGCUGAAAUGAUUCCUCGAGAACAAACAAAGAAGCCUAAAGAUAUUAAGCAUCCAGAAAUGUCUGUUAUCCCAAAGGACACUGACAUCCAGGUGAAGACACCAGAACAAACUCAGAAAGAAUCAAAAGAACCUGAACAUUUUGAGAAGCAAGAUGUCCCCAUAAAGACUGCUAGUACAGCAAAGAUGACAGCAGACACUAUGAAGGAAGAAGAGAAGGCACCAAUUAAAAAAUGUGAAACAGAGAAAAAAACAGAGAAGGUUGCGUUAAAACCUGCUGAAGUUAAGAAAACUCCUUCACCAAAGGUAGAUAAACCCAGUCUUCCAUUGACCAUAACAAGUCUGAAAGAAGAGAAGCCAGCAAUCUCCAAAAAGAUUGCUUCUCCUCCAAAGAAAAUGGAGAAAGAAGAAAUAUUGCUAAAACCUGUAGAACCCGGAGAGCUGAAAAAGGCUCUUUCUCCAAAAGCUGACAUAGCCAAACCUAAACCAACUGAGUCCAUUCCAAUGGAAAGAAAGCCUAGUGCCAAAUUACCCAAAAAGCUUUCUCCCAAGGAUUCAAUUGAGUCGGUUACUCUGAAAAAGGUCCAAAAGAAAAUCUCACCUAAAGAAGAAACAACUACUCAGGAAACGGAAGAAAGAAGAGCGGUGAUGAAAGAGAUGUCCCCUAGUGCUCUCCAUUUGCAAAAGAUUCCCACACAGCAAGAAGAGGAAGUUUCUGAGUGUGAGAGAGAAGUGGAACAUGAUGAUGAAGAAGAAACUUGGGGAUGGGAACUUACUCCUCGGGACAGCUAUGGGUCCGAGAACUUUGAUGACCUCUUGGAAGAUGGGGCUGUUGAAACCCCAGGAAUGGGUGACAAAAGAGAUGGAAAACCUAAGGACGAGCCAGCUGCAGGAAGAGGCAGAGGACUAAAACCAAGACAAACUCCUUCUCCUGGUGAUGGCGGAAGGGGUAGAGGACUCAAACCUGGUGGUGGAGGUGACAAACCUCCAGGUGAAUCACCUUUUGGGUUCCAGCUCAAAGCCGUACCUCUGAAGUUCGUGAAGGAGCUCCAGAACAUUGUGUUGCAGGAGGCUGAGUCCAUCGGGUCCUCGGCUGUAUUCGAGUGCCAGAUCUCUCCAUCUACUGCUAUCACCACCUGGAUGAAAGAUGGAAGCAAUCUAAGGGAGAGUCCAAAACACAAAUUUACCUCUGAUGGCAAAGACCGCAAACUGCAAAUCAUUGAUGUACAGCUUUCUGACACUGGAGAAUACACUUGUGUUGCAAAACUUGGCAACAAGGAGAAGACCUCAACAGCUAAACUUAUUGUUGAAGAAUUGCCUGUGAAAUUCACAAAGAAUCUGGAAGAAGAGACAUCUCUGAUCAAGGGCCAGCCAAUGUACCUGACGUGUGAGUUGAGCAAGGACAAAGAAGUGGUCUGGAAGAAGAAUGGAAAAGAGCUCAAAUCAAUCCCAGGGAAAAUUACGAUAAAUGUUAUUGGCCUGCAGCAGGGCAUAACAAUCCAGGACUCAAAUGAUGAUGAUGCCGGUGUUUACACAUGCGAGUGUGAAAACAUAAAAACUCAAACCAAUGUCAAGAUUAUUGAAAUCGUUAGAGACUGGUUGGUUAAACCAUUGAGGGAUCAGCAUGUCAAACCCAAGGCCUCAGCUACAUUUAAGGGUGAGCUCUUUAAGGACACUCCCAACUGGAAGUGGUUCAAAGGUGAUGAGGAAAUUCCCAUCCCUGACCCUACGGGCAAGGCCGAAGUGAAGAAGGAAGGCAAAGAAAUCACUCUUACAAUCAAGAAUGUCCAGCCUGAAGAUAUUGCCGAGUACUCUGUGGAGGUCGAAGCCCGCAGAUAUGCAGCAAAACUGACACUUGGAGAACGUGAAGCAGAGAUCUUGAAGCCUCUUGCUAGCGUGGAGGUGAUUGAGAAAACGGAGGCCAACUUUGAGACAGAAAUUUCAGAGGAUGAUGUGGUUGGAGAAUGGAAACUUCAGGGACAGGUUCUGACAAGAUCCCCGACAUGUGAUAUCAGAUCUGAGAAAACAAAACGAUUCCUUACUAUCAAAAAUGUGCAGCUUGACCAGGCUGGUGAAGUUACAUACCAAGCUCUGAAUGCUGUUACAAGUGCUAUGCUCUCAGUGAAAGAGAUUGAAAUGGACUUCACAGUCCCAUUGAAGGAUGUUUCAGUGCAUGAAAAGAAACAGGCAAAGUUUGAGUGCUCCAUCACAAAGGAUGUGCCUAAAGUGAUUUGGUUUAAGGGUUCUGAUAUCAUUACACAAGGAUAUAAAUACGAAAUCAUUGAUGAUGGAAAGAAACACAUACUGAUAAUAAAUAACUGUGAAUUUGAGGAUGAGGGCGAAUACAGUAUUGAAGUCUUGGGAAAAACGUCAAAAGCAAAUCUGAUGGUAGAGGGUAUGAGGCUGAACUUCAUCUCAGCAUUAAAGGACCAAACUGUGAAGGAAGGUCAAACCGCUCUAUUUGACCUUGAGCUUUCUCAUGAGAACGUCGGUGUCACAUGGUAUAAAAAUGAAAUAAAAGUGCAUCCGAGCAGAACUGUGUUCACCAGCGUGGUGGGAAAGAAACAUACGUUAGAAAUUAAGGAGGUAACUCUAGAUGAUACUUGCCAAAUUAAAGCCGAGGCUAAAGGAAUAUCCACAACGGCUAAGCUGAUGGUCGUAGAGGGAGAUGCAUACUUUGUCGUCAAACUGCAAGAUUACACCGCAGUUGAGAAAGACGAUGUCACGCUCGACUGCGAGCUGAGCAGAGAUGUUCCUGUGAAAUGGUUCCACAAUGAAAUUGAAAUUAAAUCUUCCAAGAUGGUCACUAUAAAGGCUGAAGGAAAACGAAGAAUACUCAGUAUUAAGAAAAUCGAAGCGAAAGAUAAAGGAUUGUAUGUUUGUGACUGUGGAAUAAACAAGACUUCUUCAAACAUGAACAUUGAAGCUCGGGACAUCAAAGUGGUGCGUCCCAUGUACGGCGCUGAGCUCUUUGAUGGUGAGACUGCUCGUUUUGAAGUGGAAAUCUCUGUAGAUGAUGUUCAUGGCCAAUGGAAACUGAAGGAUGAAGUCCUGUCUUCUUCACCUGACGUUGAGAUCAUUGAAGAUGGUGCAAAACACACAUUGACACUCUACAACUGCAAAGUUUCCCAAACAGGAGAGGUUGUCUUCCAAGGAGCAAAUGCUAAGUGUUCUGCCAAUCUUCAAGUCAAAGAGUUGCCUAUCACUUUUGUUGCACCCAUGAGCGACGUGCACAUCUUCGAGAAGGAUGAGGCAAGAUUUGAAAUCGAGUUGUCGAGAGUGGCAAAGUCCUUCCGCUGGCUGAAGGGAACUCAGGAGUUGCAGACUGAUGAGAAAUUUGAAAUCUUGACAGAAGGAAUAAGACACACUCUGGUGAUCAGAUCUGCAGCCUAUGAAGAUGAGGCAAAGUACAUUUUUGAGGCUGAGGACAAAAGAGCAUCCAGCAAACUUGUUAUUCAGGGCAUCCGUCUUGAGUUUGUCAGACCUAUCAAAGACGUCACAGUUAAAGAGCGCGAGACAGCCGAGUUCAGAAUUGAACUCUCUCAUGAGAAGGUUCAGGUCACCUGGAACAAGAAUGAUGUGCGUCUGCAUCCAAGCAAAGUCGUGCACAUGUCCGAGGAUGGAAAGAUCCACACACUUUCCUUCAAAGAGGUCUCUAUUGAUGACACUUCUCUCAUCAAAGUUGAGGCUCUUGGGAAAACAUGUGAGGCAAUGCUCACUGUACUUGAGGGAGAUACUUACUUCACCACCAAGUUACAGGACUACACUGCUGUUGAGAAGGAUGAGGUGGUCCUGAUGUGUGAAGUGAGCAAAUCUGAUUCUGAGGUGAAAUGGUUCAAAGACGGCAAGGAGAUCAUUCCCUCCAAGAACAUCCUCAUCAAAACUGAAGGAAAGAAACGCAUCCUGACUGUCAGAAAGGCAGAAAGGAACAACACUGGCGAAUAUGUGUGCGACUGUGGCUCUGACAAAACAGCAGCCAAACUUAACAUUGAAGAACGUGACAUCAAGAUUGUCCGUCCACUGUACAGUGUGGAGGCCACAGAGACUGAGACCGCUCGCUUUGAGACAGAAAUCUCUGAAGAGGAUGUUCAUGGUAACUGGAAACUCAAAGGAGAGGCUCUGCACCAGUCUGCGGACUGUGAAAUUAAGGAGGAGGGAACCAAGCACAUGCUUAUACUUUACAAUAUUUGCAUGGACAUGGCUGGCAGCGUGGACUUCAGCGCCGCUAAUGCUAAAUCCUCUGCUCAGCUAAGAGUUAAAGCACGCACAAUCGGCCUUCUGCGACCUCUUCGGGAUGUCGCUGUUACGGCUGGAGAGACCGCAACCUUUGACUGUGAACUCUCAUACGAGGAUAUUCCUGUCGAAUGGUUUGUUGGCUCAACAAAGAUGGAACCAAGUGACAGGGUGGUUACUAGAGCUGAAGGAAGACUGCAUUCACUCACCCUGAGAGAUGUCUUGAUGACAGAAGCUGGAGAAGUGAAACUUGCAGCAAAGGACUUUGUGACCCAGGCCAAACUUACUGUAAACGAGCCACCAGUUGAGUUCAGCAAGCCCUUGGAAGACCAGACUGUUGAGGAAGAAGCCACUGCCAUUCUGGAGUGUGAAUUGUCCAGGGAGAAAGCUGAUGUCAAGUGGUUCAGAGAUGGACAGGAGAUACGUAAAACCAAGAAGUAUGAGAUGGUGGCAGAAGGACGUAUAAGAAGACUAAUCAUCAAGGACUGUAGCCUUGAAGACUCCAAGACAUAUACCUGUGAUGCAAAGAACUUUAAAACAUCUGCUUUCCUGAAUGUUGAAGCUCCAUUUGUUGAAUUCACUAAGCCUCUUCAUGAUGUUGAGGUUAAGGAAAAGGAAUCUGCUAAAUUUGAAUGCGAAGUGUCCCGUGAAAAUACAAAGGUCCGCUGGUUCAAAGAUGGUAGUGAGAUCAAAAAGGGCAAGAAGUAUGAGAUUGUCGCUAAGGGAUUACAGCGUAUUCUUAUUAUAAGCAAGGCCAUCUUCGAUGAUGAGGCUGAAUAUGAAUGUGACGCAAGAACAUCUAAAUCCUCUGGAAUACUGACAGUUGUUGAGGAGGAAGCUAAAUUCACAAAGAACCUGACCAAUGUUGAGGGCACUGAAACAGACAGCAUUAAGAUGAUAUGCGAGGUCUCCAAAGCUGGUGUGGAUGUCAUGUGGUACAAGGGUGAUCAAGAGAUACCCGAGGGUGGUAGAUAUGAACAUAUUUCAGAUGGACGAAAGAGAAUUCUCAUUAUCCAGGACCUCCGUAUGGAAGAUGCUGGAGAAUACCAUUGCAAACUGCCUUCUUCAGAGACAACAGCGACUCUGAAGAUAAGUGAAAUGGCAGCUGAGUUCAUCGCAAGGCCCCUAAACCAGGAGGCUAUUGAGGGCGAGAAGGCCGAGUUUUCUUGCUCUGUGUCCAAGGAAACAUUUGAAGUCAAAUGGUUCAGAGGAGACACUGAGCUUACAACCGAUGACAAGUAUGAAAUUGUUAGUGAUGGCAAGAGAAGAGUGCUCAUUGUGAAGAACUGUGAGCUUAAAGAUGAGGGUGCAUUUACGGCUCAUAUUGGUUCAGUCAAAGCUUCAGCAGACUUGGUGGUCAUUGAAAAACUGAGGAUAAUCACUCCCAUCAAAAAUAUCCAAGUUAAGGAAGGACAAGAAAUUGUUCUCAACUGUGAGGUUAACUCUGAGGGUGCUAAAGCCAAAUGGCUGAAGAACAAUGAGACCAUGUUUGAUAGCAGCAAGUUUGUCAUGGUUCAGAGGGACACAGUGUUCUCGCUGAGAAUCAAAUCUGCAGGGAAAUCAGAUGAAGCCAGUUACACAAUCACACUCGCAAACCAACGUGGAGAACAGGCUAAGUGCACGGCUGACGUCAGUGUGCUGGAGGAAGCACUCAGAAUCAUUGCGCCAAUAGAGGACUGUGAAAUUGAAGAAAAGAAGACCAUCACUUUUACCUGCAAGGUGAACAGACCAAAUGUGACAGUUCAGUGGAUGAAGGCCGGUCAGGAGAUCACUUUCAGCAAACGUAUUGUGUAUCGCGUGGACAAGGACAAACACACUCUGACCAUUAAAGACUGCACCCUUGCAGACGAGGGUGAAUACACUGUAGUUGGCGGAGCUGAUAAAUCUUCUGCAGAGCUGAUCAUCAGCGAGGCACCCACUGACUUCACCACUCAGCUCAGAGAUCAAACCAUUACGGAGUUUGAGGAUGCUGAGUUUGUGUGCAAACUGUCAAAAGAAAAUGCCCAGGUUAAAUGGUAUAGGAAUGGACGUGAAAUCAAAGAAGGACCAAGAUAUCAUACGGAAAAAGAUGUAAAGGAAUGCAAGCUUAUAAUCAAAGAGUGCAGACCAGAUGAUGAAUGUGAAUAUGCCUGUGGAGUGGAAGAUCGAAGAUCAAGAGCACGUCUCUUUGUUGAAGAGGUUCCAGUAGAAAUUGUCAGGCAACCUACAGAUGUCUUUGAGCCACCAGGCUCAGAUAUUAUGUUUGAGGCUGAACUGAAUAAGGACAGAGUUGAGGUCAGGUGGAUGAGGAACAACAUGAUCAUUGUCCAGGGUGACAAAUACCAGAUGAUCAGUGAGGGCAAAGUUCACCGACUGCAGGUGUGCGAGAUAAGGCCCCGUGAUCAAGGAGAAUACAAAAUAGUUGCCAAAGACAAGGAUGCGAGAGCCAAGCUUGAACUUGCAGCUGUGCCAAAGAUUAAGACCACAGAUCAGAACCUCGUAACAGAUGCUGGAAAUCCUUUCGUCAUGACCAUUCCCUACGAUGCUUAUCCUCGUGCCGAGGCUGAAUGGUUUUAUGAAGACACCAACCUUCCUACCCAGAACAUCGACACAUCUAAUGAUCGGACUGAGUAUAGGCUUAAAGACCCUAAGAAGUCAGACAAGGGACGUUACAAGGUAGUCAUCAAAAACAAACAUGGAACAGGAGAGGCUUUCAUAAAUCUAGAUGUUAUUGAUGUUCCUGGACCAGUGAAGAAUCUGCAGGUUGUUGACACUGCUGAUGGUGAGGUCAGCCUUGCCUGGGAGGAACCAGAAAGCGAUGGCGGAAGCAAGAUUUUGGCUUAUGUAGUUGAGAGGCGUGACAUCAAACGCAAGACUUGGACAGUGGCCACAGACCGUGCCGACAUCCCAGAGUACUGCGUUGGCGGAUUGCAGAGGGAAAACAUGUAUCUCUUCCGUGUAUGUGCUCGCAAUAGAGUUGGAAAUGGAGAGCCUGUCAUCACAGACAAACCAGUUCAAGCCAAGAACAAAUUUGACGUGCCCGAUGCACCUCAGAAUGUCAGGGUUGGAAUUGUCAAUAGGUUUGGUGCAACAGUUUCCUGGGAACCACCUGUGUCCGAUGGAGGAUCUGAGAUCACAGCUUACAUCAUUGAGCUCCGUGACCGCACCGCUGUGAAAUGGGAGGCCGCCAUGAUUGUGAAAGCUGAAGAUCGCACAGCCACUCUUAAUGACGUUGUUGAGAACAAGGAAUACAUCUUCAGGGUCAGGGCUGAAAACAAGGCUGGAGUUGGUCAGCCAAGCGCUGCCACAGAUCCGGUGAAGAUUAUGGAUCCCAUUGAGAGACCGAGUCCACCUCUGAACUUCAACCACACAAAUCAGACAAAAGACUCUGUUCAGUUGUCAUGGGAAACACCCAUGAACAAUGGAGGCAGCAUGAUUACGGGCUACAUCAUUGAGAAGUGUCAAGAUGGUACUGACAAGUGGUUGAGAUGUAACGCUAGGCUUUGCCCAGACCUUUAUUACAGGGUUUCUGGACUAAUGUUCGGUCAGAAGUAUCACUAUAGAGUAUGUGCAGAAAAUGCUGCUGGAGUGUCUGACCCAGCUGAUACCCUUGGGCCACUCUGUGCUGAUGAUCCUCACGUUGGUCCUUCUAUGGAUCUCAGUGGAUUCAAAAACGGCCUGGAGGUCAUCGUCCCUAAUGCUCUUCAAAUCCGAGUCCCCCUUACAGGAUAUCCUGUGCCCACACCCAAGUGGACAUUUGGUGAUAAAGAACUUGUCGCAGGUGAACGUGUUUCCAUGGUCACAAAACACACAUACACCGAACUGGUUGUUGCUCCAAGCGUGCGUCCAGACAGAGGAACCUACACCUUACAACUGGAGAAUGACGUGAUGUCUGUUACUGGAGAGAUUGAUGUCAAUGUUAUUGCAUGCCCAAGUGCACCCAAAGACUUCAAAGUCGCAGAGGUCACUAGACAUCAUGUGCAUCUAAUGUGGGAGGGACCCGAACAUGAUGGAGGCAGUGCUGUUACUGGGUACAAUAUUGAGAAACGUGAGGUCUCCCGUAAGACCUGGGUCAAAGUGAUGUCAGGUAUACAGGACCUGGAGUACACUGUCACAGAUGUCAUUGAGGGCAAGGAAUAUUUGUUCAGCGUCAUUGCUUGCAACAAAUGUGGACCAGGAGAGCCAGCAUACAUUGAUGAACCUGUGAAUGUGUCCUCCCCAGCCACUGUGCCCGAUCCACCUGAAAACCUGAAAUGGAGAGACAAAUCAGCAAAGAGUAUCUUCCUCCUCUGGGAACCUCCCAGAUAUGACGGUGGUGCUCCUGUUAAGGGCUACAUUGUUGAUAAGUGCCAGCGUGGCACUGACAAAUGGGAGGCCUGUGGAGAUCCAAUUCCUGAACUAAAGUUCGAGGUCAAAGGGCUUAUCGAAGGUCAGUGGUACGCCUACCGUGUCAGAACGGUGAAUAGACUCGGAGCUAGCCGACCAUGCAAGGCUACUGAUGAGAUCCUUGCUGUAGAUCCUAAAGAGCCACCAGAGAUCCAGCUUGACGUGAAGCUCUUGGCUGGCUUGACUGCCAGAGCUGGCACUAAGAUUGACCUGCCUGCAGAUGUGCUUGGCAAACCAGAUCCGAGGGUCAAAUGGACAAAGGCUGACCACGUCCUGAAACCUGAUGAUAGAGUUACCAUUGACACAAAACCUGGCCAUUCCAUGCUUUCCAUCGCUAACACAACCAGAUCGGACACAUCCACCUACAUCAUUGAGGCAGUCAACACCAGUGGGCGGGCAACGGCCACUGUUGACGUCAACAUUCUUGAUAAACCAGGCCCUCCAGCUGCUUUCGAUAUCUCUGAAAUCACAAACGAGUCAUGCUGUCUUGCCUGGAACGCUCCUAGAGAUGAUGGUGGCUCACCUGUCACCAACUACGUUGUAGAGAUGAGACCCACAGAUAAGGAAGAGUGGCAGAAACUGUCUGCCACCAUCAAGCAAACCACUUUCAAAGCCUCCAAGCUGGUGCCUAUGAAGGAGUAUGUCUUCAGAGUAUCGGCUGAGAACCAGUAUGGUAUAGGCACUCCAGCCGAGCAUGUGCCUAUUAUUGCCAAGUAUUCAUUUGACACUCCUGGGGCUCCAAGCAGGGUCCAGCCUUCUGAUAUCACAAAGGAUGCUGUAACUCUAACUUGGUUUGAACCUGAUGAAGAUGGUGGAAAUCCCAUUACUGGGUACUGGGUUGAGAGGUUUGAUCCAGAAACUGACAAAUGGAUCAGGUGCAACAAGCUGCCGAUAAAGGACACAACAUUCAGGGUAAAAGGUUUGCCAACUAAAAAGAAGUACAAGUUUAGAGUUUUGGCUGAGAAUCUUGCAGGACCAGGAAAGCCAAGUGCGGAGACCGAACCAGUUUUGAUUAAAGAUCCAAUUGAUCCUCCUUGGGCUCCAGGAAAGCCAUUCAUUAAAGACAUUGGCAAGACUACUGCACAUCUGCAGUGGACCCGACCUGAGCACGAUGGUGGUGCAAAGAUCGAGUCCUACAUCAUUGAGCUUUUAAAGAGUGGAACUGAAGAAUGGGUUCGUGUAGCUGAGGAUGUGUCAACAACAGAACACCUACUGAAGGGUCUGAUGGAAAAGCAGGAGUAUUCGUUCAGAGUCAAGGCCGUCAAUGUUGCUGGAGAGAGUGAAGCCAGUGACCCAAGUGACCCUGUUGUCUGCAAAGAGAGACUUUAUCCCCCAUCUGCUCCACGCUGGCUUGAGGUGGUUAACAUAUCCAAGAUCAACUGUGACCUGAAGUGGACAGAGCCAGAGAGUCACGGUGGUUCUCCAAUCACCAACUAUGUUGUUGAGAAAAGAGAUGUCAGACGCAGGGCCUGGCAGACUGUGGACACCACAGUGAAAGACACCAAGUAUACUGUGACUCCAUUGAAUGAAGGUUCUCUGUAUGUGUUCCGUAUCGCAGCUGAAAAUGCUGCUGGUAUUGGAGAGUUCUGUGAGCUUGAGGACUCCGUUCUGGCUAAAGAUACUUUCACAACACCUGGUCCUCCUUACGCUUUGAGUGUUGUUGAAGUUUCCAAGAGACAUGUUGAUCUGAAGUGGGAGGCACCCAACAAUGAUGGUGGAAGACCCAUUUCCAAGUAUGUUAUUGAGAAGAAAGAGAAAGUUGGCACUCGCUGGGUAAAGUCUGGAAAGACAUCUAGCCCUGAAUGCAAGUACAGGGUGACAGAUGUUGAUGAAGGCUCUGAGGUGCAGUUCCAGGUCCGUGCUGAGAAUGAAGCUGGAGUUGGCCACCCAAGUGAACCUACUGAUAUUAUGACGAUUGAAGAUCCCUUAAGUGUUCCUUCUCCUCCAACUGAUGUCAAGAUUGUUGAUGCCAGCAGAGAGCACAUCAACAUGACCUGGAAAGCUCCAGAAAAGAAUGGAGGAAGUCCGGUCACUGGCUACCAUGUUGAGCUGUCUGAAGCUGGAACUGAAAAAUGGAUGAGGAUCAAUGCUCGUCCUGUCAAAGAGCUGAGAUUUAAGGCAGAGGAAGGCAUCAUUCCUGAAAAGCAAUAUGUUCUGCGAGUUCGUGCCAUUAAUGCGAUUGGAUUCAGUGAUCCAUCUGCGAUUUCUGAUAGCGUCUUUGCCAAAGACCCUGACUGUAAGCCAACCAUAGAUGUUGAGACCCAGGACAUUGUGAUUGUUGAGGGUGAAAAGCUGGACUUAAAGAUCCCAUACCGGGCAAUACCAAAACCAUCAAUGGUCUGGAAAAAGGGUGACACUGAACUAAAGACUGAAGACAGGCUCACAUUGACAUGUGAACUCAAUCGCGUUCAUCUGGAGCUUCUCAAGUGUAAACAUGAAGAUGCUGGCACAUACACUGUCGCUCUUGAGAACACAUUGGGUUCAGUUACUGGCAAAAUACAUGUAAAAGUGAUUGGCCUGCCUGGACAUUGUAAAGAUAUCUCUGCCAGUGAGGUUACCAAGAAUUCCUGUAAAAUCUCUUGGGAGCCUCCAGAGAGUGAUGGUGGUAGCCCAAUCUUGCACUAUAUUUUGGAGAGGAGAGAGGCACAGAAGAAGACAUAUUUGCCUGUGAUGUCUGGAGACAAUAUUUUAAACUUUGUGGUCAAAGAUCUUAUGCUUAACGGUGAAUAUUACUUCAGAGUAAAGGCUGUUAACAAGAUUGGUAGUGGGGAGUAUGUCGAGCUCCGCAAUCCGGUGAUAACAGAAGAACAGAAACAACAUCCAGACCCACCAGUUGAGGUUGAAGGACACAAUCCCACCUCAAAUUCCAUCACUGUUACAUGGAUGGCACCACCAUUUGAUGGCGGAUGCCCAAUCACAGGCUACAUCAUUGAGAAGAUAGAAAAAGAUGGUGAUAGAUUCGAAAGAUGCGUUCCAAACCUGAUACCUGGUUUCUCCUACACUGUCACUGGCUUGACAGAAGGAAAAGAAUACCAGUUCCGUGUCCGUGCGGAGAACAUUGCUGGAGCAAGUGACCCAUCACGCAGUACACCACUUAUUAAGGCUGCUGAUCCUGUUGAACCACCUAAGGUAUCACUCCAUCCCCGCGUUGCCUCUGGUCUCAGCAUUAAAAAGGGAGAGGAGAUCAAAGUGGAUGCCUACAUAUCCGGAUCUCCUUACCCAACAGUUACAUGGCUCAGAAAUGAUGAGAAUAUCCAACAAGAGCCAGCUAAGAAGAAAACCGAUUUCACUGUAAAGAAUAAAAAGAAGACAAAGACCGUUAAGCCUGAACCCGAAGAGGAGUUCCAUCCACCACUAUUGGAUCGCCUGUCAUUCGACCAGAGCAAGAGGCAUGAGACUGCAUUGAUGGUACGUGAUGCCAUCAGGACAGAUCAUGGAAAGUUCACUGUCAGAGUUGAGAACACCCAUGGUUUCGCGACUGCAUCUUGCGACGUCAAUGUUCUCGAUAAGCCCGGCCCUCCUGUCAACUUCGGAUUUGAAGACAUAAAGAACAUCUCAGUUACUUGCACGUGGGACGCACCCCUUGAUGAUGGUGGCAGCGAGAUCAUCAACUACAUAUUAGAAAAGAAAGACAACACUACUGAUGACAUCGGUUGGAUAACUGUAACUUCAACCCACAAAGGGUUUACCUACCCUGUAACCAAGCUUAUUGAAGGAAAGGAGUACAUCUUUAGAGUUACAGCUGAAAACAAGUACGGUUGUGGACCUCCAUGCUACUCAGAACCACUCAUUGCAAAGAAUCAAUUUGAACCACCCGAUGCUCCAAACAUGCCAAGAAUUGGAGAGGUCACUUCCAGCUCAGUUUACCUCAGCUGGCAUGAGCCGAAGGACAACGGUAGCCCUAUCCUGGGCUACUGGGUUGAGAGGCGUGAAGUUAACAGCAAAUAUUGGACCAGAGUGAACCGCAACCUUCUCAGUUCACUGGCGGUCAAGGUUGAGGGUCUCAUGGAGGGCCUUGUUUAUGUCUUUAGAGUCUGUGCUGAGAAUCUUGCUGGCCCGGGAGAAUUCAGUGUACCAACUGAUCCUCAGACUGCAAUGGAUGCGAUCUUGCUACCUGGUCCACCCAUACCCAAAAUUGUUGAUGUCACUAAUACAACUAUCGACAUUUCUUGGGUGCCUCCAUUGUACAACGGCGGUGGAGAUAUUCUUGGAUAUCAUGUUGAGCGCUGUUUAGUCGGAGAGAAGGAAUGGGUCCGCUGUACUGAGAGCAGAUGCAAGGACCGGAAGUUCACCAUAACUGGAUUGACUCAGGGAGCCGAUUAUAAUCUUCGUGUGUUUGCUGUGAAUGAUGCUGGCCAUGGAGCUCCAGGAAUGACUGAGCCUGUUCAGGCCAAAGAACCUGAGGAAGCUCCAGUGGUUGACUUUAAUAUCUCUGUGAGGAAUGGAGUCAUCAUCAAAGCUGGUGAAACAUUGCGUCUACCGGCUUUAGUUACUGGACGACCUAUACCAGAACUGAAGUGGACAAAGGAUGAGGCUGAACCUGACAAAGAACGUGUAGUUAUUGACAGAGAUGGAAAGAACAGCAUUUUAAGCAUCAAAAAUGCUUUGAGAUCUGACCAUGGCCAAUACCAGAUCACAGGUACCAACCCCAGCGGAACAAAGUCAGCCUCUGUUAAGGUUGACGUGUUGGAUGUUCCUGGACCAGUGGUUGAUCUUAAUACUGUUCAUGUCAGCAAGAAGAUGAUUUCACUUACCUGGUCAGAUCCUCUCGAUAAUGGUGGAAGUGAUGUAAUGGGAUAUGUUGUUGAGAGAAAAGAUGCCAAAAUGCACAUUUACAGACAACCACUUGAGGUUGCCACUUGCAAGUGUGACAUUGUUGGGCUUCUUGAUGGCGAAGAAUAUAUGUUCCGUGUGGUUGCAAGGAACAAGUUUGGCCUCGGUGCUCCUGUUGAACUUGGACCUGUUUUAGCAGUGGAUCCCAAAGGAGUUCCAUCUGCCCCUGAGAAACUGCAUUACACAGAAAGAACCAAGAACACCAUCACUCUGACCUGGCAACCUCCUCGUAGCGAUGGUGGUUCUCCAAUCAUAGGCUACUAUGUUGAAAAGAUGAGACAAGACAGCACAGAAUUUGAUGUUGCCAACCGCCAAAUUUGCAAAGACUGCACCUUGACACUGGAAAAUUUGUCUGAGAACUUGAUGUAUGACUUCAGAGUGAAAGCUGUCAAUGAGAUUGGCGACGGAGAACCAUCCAAAUCAAUUAAUGUUAAUAUUCAGGAUGACGAGCAUGUACCAAUUAUUAAGUGGUUGAAGUUCUUUAAGAGUGAUGCCAUAGUUGUUAAGAAGGGAGCAGCAAUUGAAAUUCCUGCUGAAAUUCUUGGUCUGCCUUUGCCUACGUUUGAGUGGACAAAGAAUGGAGUAGUAAUUGAUGCGCCCACUGAGACAAUGACACUGGAAUCAGAAGAGAUUAACAGACAAACUAUCAAUACCAAAAUUGGUAUUCCUGAAACUGUAAGACAAGACACUGGCUUUUACAAGCUGACUGCCACAAAUUUCCGUGGAACAGGUCAGCGCACAGUCAGAGUGGAUGUCUUGGAUCGCCCACUGCCACCAAGGAACAUUGUGGUCUCUGACAUCAAAGCUGAGUCUUGCUACCUUACCUGGGAUGCUCCAGAGGACAAUGGUGGAAGUGAACUUCUCAACUACAUUAUUGAGAAGAGGGAUGCCGCCAAAAAGAAGUCUGACUGGGAACAACUAACUUGCUGUGUCAUUGACAGACGCUAUGGGGUGUACAAACUGGAAGCCUACAGUACAUACCAGUUCCAGAUUAAAGCAGAGAACAAAUAUGGAGUCAGUGAUGGUUGUGAAUCAGAAAAGGUUGUCCUCAAAGAUCCAUUUGGUCUACCUGGUCCACCCCAGAGGCCAAGAAUUAUUGGACACACUCGCUCAUCCAUGCUGGUGACCUGGCAGCCUCCCAAAGACAACGGUGGCUCAACCAUCCAGGGCUAUUGGCUUGAAAAGAGAGAGAGGGGAGCUGUUUACUGGAGUCGUGUUAACAGGGCUCCCGUAACAAAACCAGCAGUCAAGGGUCUGGAAUACAACAUACUCCACCUCGUCGAGGGUGCUGAGUACAAGUUCCGUGUGAUGGCUCAGAAUGCAGCUGGGGUUGGUCCUCCAAGCGAGGCAACUGAGUGUGUGUUUGCACUUGACCCAAGAAACCCUCCAAGUCAACCUGCAGCUCCUGUAGUAACAGACAAAACCACAAGCAGCGUGACUCUUUCCUGGACCCCACCUGAAAAAGAUGGAGGUAGUCCAAUAAAGGGUUACAUCGUUGAAGUUCAAGAUGAAGGGUCAGUUGAGUGGAGAAGAAUGAAUACACCAGAGAAGCUCAUCCUCACCAAUGCAUACACUGUGUCAGGGCUAAAAGAGAAUAAGAAAUGCAGAUUCAGAAUUGUUGCUGUCAACACUGCUGGUGAAUCCGAGCCAAGUCCAAGAACUUCUGAUAUCAUUGUACAUGACAUUUUGGAGGAACCUAUUAUAACCCUGGAGGUCACAGCUCAUGAGCUUCUGAAUUGUUCUGCUGGAACGACCAUCAAGAUUCCAGCCACCGUCUCGGGUAAACCUAUUCCAAAUGUCACAUGGGACUUUGAAGGAACUGCCCCAACAGAGAAAAAGAAUGAGCGCCACACCCUCCCUGAGGAUUCAGAGAUUUCGUCCACUGAUACAAAAUCAGUCGUAACAAUCCCUGAGUGUAAACUAAAUCACUCCGGACGAUACAUCAUAACUGCCAACAACCAAGCUGGUACCAAAGUUGUUAAAGUGUGUGUGAAUGUGCUUGAUUUGCCUGGACCUCCUAAAGACCUCAAAAUCAGUGACAUCACACGUGGAACUUGUAGGUUAACUUGGAAGCCUCCAGACUGUGAUGGUGGUGACAGAAUUAAGAGUUACUUCAUUGAGAAAAAGACUGUGGAGGGUAAGGCCUGGACAAAGGUCAAUCCAGCUUGUGCGACUCAGUCCUUUGUUGUGCCAGACCUCUUCGAGGGACAAGAAUAUUUGUUCCGCAUACGAGCUGAGAAUCGCUUCGGUUUGGGACCCCAUAUUGUGACAAUUCAACGAACUAGGGCCAGGGAUCCUAUCCAUCCUCCCGAUCCUCCCAUAAGAGUCAAAAUCGUUGAUGUCUCCAAGGGCAUUGUGACUCUGACAUGGAAGCCGCCGAGGAAUGAUGGUGGAGCACCUGUGACUCACUACAAUGUGGAACGACUUUGGUGGGACAGCAGUGGAAACCAACAGGAGUCCUGGAGACAAUGCAAUCGCCGUGAUAUUGAAGAUACCACUUUCCAAGUGGAGGAUCUCCACCAGGGAGCAGAAUAUGAAUUCCGUGUCAAGGCUGUGAAUGACGCGGGUGCAAGCAGACCAUCCUCCACAGCAGGACCCAUCGUUGUUAAGGACCAGAACAGGGCACCUUCAAUUGAACUUCCAGAAUUCAUGGAGGUUGAACAGGGCACAGAUAUUCAUAUUGUUGCAAGGAUUAAUGGCUGUCCAUUUCCAACACUCACAUGGCAGAAAGCUCCGCCACACAAGCGUGACAACAAGGUUGAUAUCGAGUACGAUGAGCACAUCAACAAGCUUGUGUCUGAUGAUAGCUGUACGCUGCUGAUUCAACAAGGCAAACGGUCAGAUACUAGCCUCUACACUCUCACUGCUAGCAACAGCCUUGGUACAGUUUCAAAGGAAAUGAGGCUUAAUGUUCUGGGACGUCCUGGGCCUCCAUCUGGACCAAUAAAGUUUGAGGAAAUUCGUGGUGAAGAAAUAUCACUUUCAUGGCUGCCUCCUGUAGAUGAUGGUGGCUCCAAAAUUACAAACUACACUAUUGAGAGACGUGUCGCCAAAAGGAACACUUGGAUUCCUGUCACGAGUGAACCCAAAGAGCGAUUCUACACCAUUGGUGGUCUUAUGCCAGGCCAUGAGUAUAUUUUCCGAAUCAGGGCUCAGAACAAAUAUGGUGUUGGUGAUCCUUUGGACAGUGAACCUGAAGUAGCCAGAGAUGUUUUAUUGCCACCUGGUCAAUGUGAAAAGCCCACGCUUUCUAGUAUCACAAUAGACUCCAUGACUGUGAACUGGGAGGAGCCUGACUCAGAUGGAGGUUCUCCAAUCACAGGCUACUGGCUUGAACGUAAAGAAACAACAUCUAAGCGCUGGAACAGAGUAACUCGUGAUGCGAUCAGGCCUAUGCCACUUGGCGUGUCCCAUACCGUCGCAGGACUCAUUGAGGGAUCUCAGUAUCUGUUCCGUGUGACAGCAAUUAACAUCGCUGGUUGUGGACCUCCAAGUCAGCCAUCUGACCCUACGUUUGCCAGAGAUCCAAUAGCUCCUCCUUCUUCUCCAACCCCCAAAGUCACCGACUGGACUAAAUCUACAGUAGAUCUGGAAUGGAUUCCACCUCUGAAGGAUGGCGGUUCUAAGAUAAUGGGUUACUAUGUUGAAUACAAAGAGGAGGGUACAGAAGUGUGGGUCAAGGCUAAAGACAAGGAGGUUAGAGGAAAUAAAUUUGUGAUAACUGCGCUGAAACCGAAUGCAUUUUACAAAUUCAGAGUUUUGGCAUUUAAUGCUGCUGGUCUGAGUGAACCAGGCGAAAUCGCGGAUGCUCUUGAAAUGAAGGACCGGAUAAUUACCCCAGUGCUUGAGCUAGACAUCUCAGUAAAGGAUAGAAUGACUGUUCAUACCGGAGGUGUUAUUCGUAUCCUGGCUUAUGUGUCUGGCCAACCUUCACCUCUGAUAACAUGGGACAGAGAUCAAGGAGCUGUUCCGGCAGAAGCUGUUGUUGAAACCACUGCCAUCAGCUGCUCAUUGGUAAUCAAGGAAUGCACCAGGAAGCAACAAGGUGUUUAUACAUUAACAGCCAAGAAUGAUGGAGGAGAGGUGAAGAGAUCUGUUAUUGUUGAUGUACUUGAUGUCCCCGGCCCAGUGGGGGGUCCUUUCAGUGCAGAGAAUCUAACCAGUGAAUCGUGCAAGCUACACUGGUUCUUCCCUGAGGAUGAUGGUGGAUCUGCUAUCUCUAACUACGUUAUUGAGAAGCGUGAAGCUGAGCGCAAGGCUUGGACAUCUUGCUCCUACACAGCUGGCAGACAACAUGCUAUUGUAAACAAUCUGGUGCAAGGAAAGGCAUACUUCUUCAGGGUUGCAGCUGAAAAUGCAAUUGGAGCAGGUCCGUUCUGCCAGACGGCAUGCGAAAUUGUGGUCAGAGAUCCUAUCACUGUUCCAGACCGUCCAGAAGAGCUUGAGGUGACUGCCGUUACUAAAGACUAUAUUAGUGUGACUUGGAAACCACCUAAAAAUGAUGGAGGAUCGGAGGUGACAUCCUAUGUUAUUGAGGCUCGCAUGAUCGGAAAAGACAAAUUUGUCAGACUGACCAAAGACAAAUUGAUGGAUCGACGAUUCACGUAUGAUGGUCUCCGUGAGGGUGACAGCUAUGAGCUCCGUGUCAGUGCAGUGAAUGAAAUAGGCUCGGGCAAGCCGUCCUUCUCUACAAAGGCAAUUACAUGUAGAGAUGAACUUGAGCCCCCUACAAUUGAACUAGACUUCCGUGACAAGGUUAUCGUGCGUGUCGGUGAAAGUUUUGCACUUGUUGGCCGCUACACUGGAAAGCCAGCUCCAUCUGUCACUUGGUCAAGAGAUGAUAAUGAAUUGAAAGCAGACAGCCACAUCCAGUUCAAAAAUACUCUCACCACAAUGUCCUUGGGUAUUAUCAAAGCUCAACGAGAACACAGUGGCAAAUACUGUGUGACAGUUGAAAACUGUACUGGUGCUCGUAAGGGCAUUUGUAAUGUUACAGUUGUUGAUCGGCCAUCGCCUCCUGAGGGCCCAGUGGUCUUUGAGGAAGUUCACAGAGAUCACAUGAUCAUUUCUUGGAAGCCACCUCUUGAUGAUGGUGGUUGUGAAAUUUCUAACUACAUCAUUGAGAAGAGGGAUGUUAACAGGGACAUGUGGACAACUGUUACAUCUGCCAACACAAAAACCACUUGUAAAGUACCUAAGCUACAAGAGGGACGUGAAUACAUAAUGAGAAUUAGUGCUGAGAACAUGUAUGGCAUAAGUGACCCACUGGAGUCAGGGGAGAUGAAAGCUAAAGAUCUGUUUAGGGUACCUGAGGCACCUGAGCAGCCCAUUGUCAAAGAUGUGUACCAUGACUCUGCACUGGUGAUUUGGAACCGUCCUCGUGAUGGUGGAAAGCCCAUCACUAACUAUAUAUUGGAGAAGAAGGAGCCCUCAUCUAAGAGAUGGUCUCGUGCGACCAGAGAUCCAAUUUACCCUGCUAUCCAGUACAGGGUACAAGAGCUUGUCGAAGGCUGUGAAUAUGAAUUCCGUGUAAUGGCAGAGAAUGAAUUGGGCACUGGAGAUCCUAGCCCUCCAUCCAAGCCUAUUCUUGCUAAGGAUCCUAUUGUUCUGCCAAGCCCACCUGUUUUGCCUGAGGCUGUUGACAAGACAAAAGAUUCUGUGAGUCUUUCAUGGCGUAUUCCACGGCAUGAUGGUAAAGGCAAAAUCUUUGGUUACUUAAUUGAGUAUCAGAAGCCUGGUGCAAUCGACUGGAUCCAAGCCAAUGAAACUCCUGAGUCAUGCCCCGAUACUAAGUUUGUUGUGAAAAAUCUACCAGAAGGUGAAGACUUCAGCUUCAGAAUUAUGACUGUGAAUGCAGCUGGAAAAUCUGACCCUGCUUAUGUCAAGGAAAUGGUGAAAGUUCAUGACAGACUCGAGGAGCCAGAGUUGCUUUUAGAUGGUAACAUGGCACGUGACCACCUUGCCAUGGUUGGAACGGACAUCACACUCAGUGCCAAAAUUAGGGGCAUGCCGAUUCCCACUGUUUCUUGGAAAAAGAAUGAUGGUGAAGUUCCUGCUCAUUGUCUUAUUGAGGUCACAGCGAGAGGAAGCAAACUUCACAUUAAGAAAUGUACCCGUGCUGACUGUGGCAAUUACACCAUCACUAUUGAAAACACAGUUGGAACCAAAUCUGCUACCUGCAGUGUUCUUACUCUUGAUAAACCUGGACCUCCAAGGAAUAUCACUGUGUCUGAAGUGACAAGUGAAUCAGCUUAUCUGACAUGGCAAAAGCCAGAAGAUGAUGGUGGUGCUGUUAUCUCUCACUAUAUUGUGCACAAGAAAGAUGUAGCCUCUGACAGCUGGGUUCCAGUUUCUGCUGCCUCUAAAAAGCUUAGCCUCAUGGCUAUGUAUCUAAUGGAAGGAAUCCAGUAUCUCUUCAGAGUGGCAGCUGAGAAUCAGUUUGGCAGAAGUGCAUUCAUGGAAACCACAAAACCCAUCAAGGCAGUUGAUCCUCUUUACCCACCUGGUCCACCCAAGAAUCUGCAUCAUGUGGAUGUAGACAAAACCGAAGUAUGGCUUCAGUGGGAGUGGCCUGAUCGCACGGGUGGAAGUGAGAUCACAGGAUUUAUUGUUGAAUAUCAGGAGGAAGGUGCCACCGACUGGGUCAGCUUCAAGACUGUCAGCAAUCCUCAAUGCCAUGUUACUGGACUUGUAGAGGGAAAAACCUACAGAAUCCGUGUAAAAUCUCAAAAUGCGAUGGGCAUUAGCAGACCAGACACCAGUGUACCGAUCACUUGUCAGGAGAAAACAUUGGCUCCAACUAUUGAAGUUGAUGUGAAACUUAUUGAAGGUCUUGUUGUGAAGGCUGGCACCACAAUUGUUCUCCCAGCAAUCAUGCAUGGAAUCCCAACUCCAACACCCAAGUGGCAAAGUGAUGGAAAUGAGUUGAAAACUGAGGGCAAAUAUAGGAUCAAUACUGAAGGAAACUCAACUGUUUUGAAUAUUAGUGAGUGUGUCAGGACUGACAGUGGAGAGUAUGUUCUCACCGUUGCAAACCCUGCAGGCAGCAAGUCAGUUGCUUUGCAUGUUACUGUUCUUGAUGUUCCGUCUGCUCCAGUUGGUCCAGUAAAUAUCCUUGAGGUUACUCCUGAUUAUAUGAUAAUCCAGUGGCGUGCCCCCAAAGACGAUGGUGGUACACCUUUGAUGAACUACGUUGUUGAGAAGAAGGAUGUAAAGAAGCCUUGGGAACCAUGGUCAGUUGUGAGUUCUGGAAGCACAAGCACAAAAGCCAAAGUCCCACGGUUGGAGAAGGGACGUGAAUAUAUUGUGCGUAUACGUGCUGUCAACAAGAUUGGCAUUGGUGCUGCCCUUGAAAGCCCUCCCACUGUUGCUAAGCAUAUGUUUGAUCCACCAGGUCCUCCUGGCCGACCCACAUGUUCUGAUAUAACAGAAAAUGCUGUAACAAUUUCAUGGACUGAACCAGAAACCGAUGGUGGAAGCCCUGUGAGUGGCUAUAUUGUUGAGCGCAGGGAGAUGACUGGCAAAUGGAUCCGUGUCAAUAAAACCCCAGUCUUAGAUACAAGAUACAGGGUCUGUGGUCUGUUUGAGGGUAACAGCUAUGAAUUUAGAAUCUUUGCUGAAAAUAUUGCUGGUGUAAGUGAACCAUCAUAUCCAUCAGACCCAGUGAAAGCCAUACGGCCGAUUACUCCGCCGGGGCCUCCAAGUAACAUUAAGCUAAAGGACUGGAGCAAGUCAUAUGCAGAUUUGCUUUGGACCAAACCUUCAAGAGAUGGAGGCAGUCCUAUCCUUGGCUAUGUUGUAGAAUGCCAGAAAUCGGGUUCUGCACAGUGGAGCAAAAUAAAUAAGGAUCUUAUUAAAUUCUGUGCAUUUAGAGUACCUGGACUUUUUGAAGGCACAGAGUACAGAUUUCGCAUUAGAGCUUCUAACAAGGUUGGUGAUGGUGAGCCAAGAGAACUAACAGAAACUGUGCUUGCCAAAGACAUCCUUGUUCCCCCUGAAGUAACUGUGGACGUUGCUUGCCGUGACCUUCUUACAGUUAGAGCAGGGCAGAUCAUCAACCUUGUGACACGUGUCAAGGGCAGACCAGACCCUGAGAUCACUUGGACUAAAGAUGCAAGAGCCUUUGGUAGAGAUAAGCGUACUGAGAUGAAGAAUAACUUCCCUCUUGUAGAGCUGGUCAUUCAGGAUGCUGUUAGAGCUGACUACGGAAAAUAUACUAUUCAUGCAAAGAACAGCAGUGGUCAGGCACAAGCUACAAUUAUUGUCAAUGUGCUUGAUAUUCCUGGAGCUUGUCAAAAUGUGAAGGUUUCUUAUGCAACUAAAGACUCAUGUAUGGUGUCUUGGGAAAAUCCAGAGGAUAAUGGUGGCAGUGAAAUUACCAACUAUAAAAUUGAGUGCCGACAGCCCAACCAAAGAGGAUGGACAGUUGUUACAUCUGACUGCACCAAACGACUUGUCAAAGCACCAAUUGUUGAAAAUUGUGAAUAUUUCUUCCGUGUAAGUGCAGAGAAUAAAAUCGGUGCUGGCCCUCCAACUGAAACGAAAACACCAGUCCUUGCUGUUGAUCCAGUAGAUAAGCCUGGCGAGCCAGAGAACUUCCAACUUGCUGAAAUCGGUAAGACAUUUGUCUUCCUCAAAUGGAAGAAACCGGAAAAUGAUGGUGGUAGCCGUAACCUUGCUUACCAUGUUGAAAAGAAACCUAAAGAAGCAGAGGAAUGGGAAAGACUGCACAAAGGUGCCAUAAAGGAAACAUAUUUCAUGGUUGACAGAUGUAUUGAGAACCAAAUUUAUCAAUUUAGAGUUCAAACAAAGAAUGAGGGUGGAGAGAGUAACUGGGUGACAACAGCUGAAGUUCUUGUGAAGGAGGAACUUCUACAGCCGGAGCUCAAAGUCAAACUGGAGGGAACUCUUGUUGUGAAAGCUGGAGAGUCCAUUCCAAUUGAGGCAGAUCUUAAAGGUAAACCUCAGCCUGAUAUAAAAUGGUCUAAAGAGAAUUACACUGGGGAUAUCCACAAAAGCCCAAGGGUACAGAUUGAAACUGGCACCAACUUCACAAAAUUGCUGCUCACAAAUUCUAAACGUGGAGAUACUGGAAAAUACAUAAUCACUGCAACAAAUGCAGCAGGAAGCUGCUCUGCUGAAGCCAAAAUAAAUGUUCUUGACAAGCCAGGUCCUGUUAGAGACCUGAAGGUCUCAGAUAUUUCUGUGGACAGAUGCAAGCUUACAUGGGAUAUCCCAGAAGAUGAUGGUGGAUGUGAGAUCUAUAACUACAUCAUAGAGAAAUGUGAGACAAAGAGAGGAGUAUGGUCAAUUCAUUCAGCUGCUGUUAUAACUAAUUCAGCUAAAGUUACUCGCCUUAUUGAAGGAAAUGAAUAUAUAUUCAGGGUGAGAGCUGAGAACAAAAUGGGGGCUGGCCCCGCUGUUGAAACCGAGUCCUUCAUAGCAAGAACCCAGUUCAGCAGACCAGGUGCACCAUAUACUCCAGAAGUGUCCAAAAUUACAAAAGACGAAAUGGUUGUAAUGUGGUGCUCUCCUGAUUUUGAUGGUGGAAAGCCCAUCACUGGUUACAUUCUUGAGAAAAAAGAGGAGCAUGCCAUUCGUUGGGCAUCAGUUACUAAAUCCCCAAUUACAGGACAACAGAUGACUGUUACAGGGCUAUUGCCUAAUCAUAAUUACCAGUUCCGUGUUAAGGCUGAAAAUGAAAUUGGAGUUGGUGAUGCAAGCAAACCAUCUAGAUCACUCACAGCAAGAGAUCCAAUUGAGCCUCCUGGCCCAGUUGGUAAUUUAAAGGUGGCUGACAGCUCAAAAACAUUAAUCACUCUUUCAUGGACAAAGCCAACAUAUGAUGGGGGUGCUCCUCUUAUUGGAUAUGUAGUUGAGAUGAGAGUCAAAGGCACAGGCAAGAAGGAUGAUGAAGUCUGGAAGAGGUGCAAUGUUGCUGCCCAGCUGAUGGGAACAGAAUUCACAGUCUCGAGUCUUGACGAGACGUUUGAAUAUGAAUUCCGUGUUUCUGCUCAAAAUCAAAUUGGCAUGAGUCAACCGACUAAUCUCCAGGGAGCUGUGUCACCAAGGGAAGUCCUGGAAACUCCUGACAUUGUUUUGGAUGCAGAACUGAAGAAGGGUUUGACUGUAAGAGCUGGAUGCCCAAUAAGAUUAGUUGCAACAAUCAGAGGCAGACCUCCCCCCAAGGUCGUAUGGAGGAGAAUGGGGAUUGAUAAUGUCAUCCAGAAGGGCCAUGUAGAUCUCAUUGACACUAUGACAUUCCUAGUUAUCUCUGAAACAACCCGUGAUGAUUCAGGCAAAUACUCAUUGACUGUAUCCAGUCCAGCUGGAGAGAAAGCAGUAUUUGUGAAUGUCAAAGUACUUGAUACACCUGGACCUGUUGUUGGUCUUGAGGCUUUUGACCUUACAAUGACAUCUUGCAACCUUAUGUGGUCACCACCUGACAAUGAUGGAGGCAGCAACGUCACCCAUUAUAUUGUUGAGAAGCGAGAAAUUGAUCGCAAGACUUGGGGAACAGUGAAAACAAAUAUUGAAAAUACCACAUUCAAAGUUACUAACCUUGUCCCCGGAACAGAGUAUUACUUUAGAGUAAUAGCUGUAAAUGAAUAUGGUCCUGGAGUUCCUAAAGCUACACCAAAAUCUUAUCUGGCCUCUGAUCCUAUCAGCAAACCUGACCCACCACAAAAGGUUGAUGUUUUGGAGAUUACUAGGAAUAGUUCAACUGUUGGGUGGGUAAAACCUCUUUGUGAUGGUGGAGCUAAAAUUGAUGGUUACAUUAUCGACUACCUUGAGCUUCCAAUGCCUAAACCGCCCAAAGAACCAGUAAAGGUUGAGGGCGAGGUUGAGGGAGAAGCUGAACCUGCUGCAGAGCCUGUGCCUCCACCCGCACCUGAACCUGAGGUUGAGGAAGAGAAGGAGAAAGAAAAGGAGCUGGAAUGGACACCAUACGCUGUUGUGAAAGGCUUGAGCAUUUCCGUUGUUGGACUUAAGGAGGGAAGAAUAUAUCGCUUCAGAGUUGCAGCAAGAAAUUCCAUCGGAUCGAGUCUGCCCACAGAGACAAGAGAAGCUUAUGAGAUUAAGGAACAAAUUAUGGAACCCAAGAUCAUUAUGCCUGAGCUUGUCACUGCAAAGGCAGGAGCAAAGCUGAGAGUUGAGGCUCUUGUGUCUGGAAAGCCAGCACCUAUAUGCCAGUGGAAACGGGGAGAAGAUAAUGUAGUCUCAUCUAGCCGUCUUGCUGUACAUAAAUCUCAGAACAUGUGUGUGCUCAUCAUCAAAGAUGUUUCAAGACAUGACAGUGGUCAAUACAGCCUUGUUGCUGAGAACAGCUCAGGCAAAGUUGACCAUAUUUUGAAAAUCGUCAUCAGAGAUAUUCCUGGACCACCUGAGCCACCAUUUGAGAUCAGUGACAUUGAUUCUGAUGCCUGCACGCUCUCUUGGAACAAACCACUUGAAGAUGGUGGUAGCAAUAUCACUAAUUAUAUCGUUGAAAAGUGUGAUGUAGGCAGGGGAGACUGGGUUUCUGCUCUUUCCAGUUGUGGCAAAGCUGGCUGCAGAAUCGGAAAACUCGUUCCUGGAAAAGAAUAUGUCUUCCGUGUCCGUGCUGAGAACAGAUUUGGUAUUUCAGAUCCACUUACGUCUGACAGGAUGGUUGCCAAAUUUCCCUUUGAUGUUCCUGGAGAACCUUUGAACUGCCGCAUCAACAAAGUAAACAAAGACUGCAUGUUUGUGGCUUGGGAUAAACCUGAGUCAGAUGGUGGCAGUCCUGUUACUGGAUACUACAUAGAACGCAAAGAGAGGAACAGUCUUCUUUGGGUUAAAGCUAAUGAUUCUGUUGUUCGUACAACUGAAUAUCCUUGUGCCGGCCUGAUUGAAGGUUUGGAAUACAAUUUCAGAGUGUCUGCUAUAAACCGAGCUGGACAGGGUAAACCUAGCAAGAAAACAGAUUUCAUCACAGCAAGAACACCUGUUGAUGCUCCUGGAAAACCAGAGUUGCUUGAUGUAACUAAGAACACCGUAACAUUGGUUUGGACCAAACCAAAGAACGAUGGUGGAAGCAAGAUAAUUGGAUACUAUGUUGAGGCCUUAAGGGUCCCAGAAGACACUUGGGUACGUUGCAACACAAGCAGUCAAAAUGUGCCACGUGAAGAGUACAUUGCAACUGGGCUAGAAGAGGGUGCCAAGUACCAGUUUAGGGUCAUUGCCAAGACUGCAGUUAACAUUAGCAGACCAUCUGAAAUCACUGAUCCCAUACUGGUGUCUGCAGAGAAUGUGCCUCCAAGAAUAGAACUUUCCAUACAGAUGAAAAAAAUGUCACCAGUAAACGCUGGGUCAGAUGUUUGUCUUGAGGCAGAGGUUUAUGGCAAACCAAUGCCCAAGGUUAGAUGGACCAAGGAGGGAGAAGUGUUGAAAACUGAUAAAGACUUUAAGAUUUCUCAAAAGAGACACCUCUUCUCUCUCAGCAUUGAUGCAGUUACCAAACUAAAUACAGGAAAUUAUGGAAUUCUUGCAGAAAAUGCAAGUGGUUCUACAACUGCUGAGAUACAACUUAAAGUACUGGAUAUACCUGGCCCACCGGUCUCUGUCAAAUUUGAUGAGGUCCUUUCAGAUAGAAUCAAGUUGAGCUGGACGGCUCCACACUCAGAUGGUGGUUCUCCAAUUACAAAUUAUGUUGUUGAUAAACGUGAGACAAGCAGAGCUAACUGGGCUCAGGUCUCUGCUAAAAUCAGUGGUAAUACAACUGAAAUUCUAGUGGAGAGACUGAUAGAGGGGCAUGAAUAUCAGUUCCGUGUUCGUGCAGAGAACCACUAUGGUGCUGGUGAUGCCAUCAUAUCAGACCCUGUCCUUGCAAGGAAUCCCUUCACUGUUCCUGGAGCAUGUGACCCACCAGUCAUAACAAACAUCACUAAGGAGCAUAUGACUGUAAGCUGGAAGGAACCAUCUGAUGAUGGAAAGUCCCCUAUACUUGGUUAUAUGGUUGAAAUACGUGUGACCAAGGAAAUCAACUGGAUCAAACUCAACAGAAAACCAUUGUUGGAGAGAACACUUGAGGUCGGAGAGCUCUCAGAGGGCACACAGUACGAGUUUAGAGUGAUCGCUGUCAAUAAAGCUGGCCAAGGCAAACCCAGUGAACCAUCUACUGGUGCCGCUGCACUUGAUCCCCUGUAUCCUCCAGGUCCACCUGUUUCUCCCAAGGUCAAAGAUACCACCAACAGCACUAUAAGCCUUUAUUGGACUAAGCCUGUGAGCGAUGGUGGAAGUGAAAUUUUGGGAUACCUUAUUGAAUGCAAGAGAACCAAUGCUACAGACUGGAUAAGAUGCAAUGUGCCUAAAAACCUUAAGGAUACACAUUAUGUUGUCACUGGACUGUUGGAUAACUCUGAAUAUCAACUUCGUGUAACUGCUGUAAACAAAGUUGGAUUUGGCCAGCCUUGUGAAGUUCCUGAUAAACAUGUUGCCAAGGAUGUUUUCGCUGCUCCUGAGGCUGAGCUUGACCUAGAGCUAAAGGACACUUUGGUCCUUAUGGCUGGCAGUAAAAUGAAACUUCAUGCCAAAAUAAAGGGUCGGCCAACCCCCAGGGUCACUUGGGCCAAGAUGAACACCAACAUUAAGGACAGACAAGGAAUUUUUAUCAAGACCACUGACAGCGACACAUCAGUUUUUGUUGAGAAAGCAAAUAGAAACGAUGCAGGCAAAUACAUACUGAACCUUGACAGUGUAAGCGGAAUGAAGAUGUACACAGUUAUUGUCAAGGUCCUUGAUACCCCUGGACCUCCAAUGAAUCUAAUGGUUAAAGAGACAUCGAAGGACAGUGCCUCCAUCCUGUGGGAUGCACCUCUCAUUGAUGGUGGAAGUGAGAUUAUAGGUUACAUUGUUGAAAAACGAGACGCAGAAAGGAAAGCAUGGUCAACAGUUUCAUCCACUUGUACCAAAACAUCUUUUAAGAUUGACGGAUUGGAAGCCGGUAGAUCUUAUAGCUUCAGGGUUAUGGCUCAGAAUGAAUAUGGUAUUGGUGAGCCAUGUGAAACAGCAGAUGCUGUGAGAGCAACCGAGCAACCUGGACCAGUUAUGGACUUUAAGACCGUGCUGGUAACCAAGCAUUCUUGUGCCCUUUCAUGGAAAAAGCCUAUCAGUGACGGAGGUACCCGUAUUAUUGCAUACGUGCUUGAGGUCCUGAAUGGUGGAGACAAAUGGAAGGAGCUUCUCAGAUCAAAGAACAUGCAAUACAGUGCAAAAGAUCUUAUUGAAGGAAGGGAAUACAAAUACAGAGUAAAAGCAACAAAUGAUUUUGGUGAUGGCCCUGUGAAGGAACUCUCUGUGAUUGCAGAAGACGUCAAUGUUCUUCCAAGCUGUGACUUAAGAGAGUUGCCGAAUUUGAACUACAUAGCAAAAGAGGGAAGCAAUGUUCGUCUCAAGAUUCCUAUCAGUGGAAAACCUGUCCCUGUGGUCACAUGGAAGAAGGGAGAGGAGGAAAAUCUCACAGAUACAGGAAGAGUGUGUGUGGAAUCUACAGCCGUAAAUACAACUCUCUUGAUUCGUGACUGUCAGAGGACUGAUGCCUCAAAAUACACCAUCACUCUUCGCAACACUGCUGGAACAAAAGAGUCCACCAUUUUUGUCAGAGUUGUUGGUAAACCAGGAAUUCCAACUGGAAUAAUCAAGUUCAAGGAAGUGACUGCAGAUGGUGCAACCUUAAAAUGGGGUGCUCCUAAAGAUGAUGGCGGAUCAGAAGUUACCAAUUACAUUCUUGAGAAACGUGAUUCCAUUACUAAUAUGUGGGUCACCGUGUCCUCAGCUGUGGACACAAACAGUUUCAGAGUGGCAGGUCUCCAUGAGGGUACUGAGUAUAUCUUUAGAGUUAGUGCCGAAAACAAAUAUGGAAUUGGUGAGGGCCUCAAAUCAGAGCCUAUGAUUGCCAAGCAUCCAUUCAAUGUACCAGAUGCACCUCCUCCACCACAAGUCAUGAGUAUGCGUCAUGAUUCAGCAACACUUGAAUGGUCUGAUCCAAGGAAAACUGGAGGCUCAUCAAUCACAGGUUACCAUGUUGAAUUCAAGGAGAAAAACAGCAUGUUGUGGAAAAGAGCAAGCCCAACUCCCUUGAAGAUGAGAGAUUUCAAAGUGACUGGUCUAACUGAGGGUCUAGAGUAUGGGUUUAGAGUUAUGGCUAUAAAUUUGGCUGGUGUUGGAAAGCCGAGUCUUCCAACUGAGGCAUUGGUUGCCUUGGAUCCAGUAGAUGCACCUGGCAAACCUGAUGUGAUUAGCAUCACUAGAAGCAGUGUAACACUACAAUGGACCGAACCUCAGUAUGAUGGUGGACACAGACUUACUGGAUACAUUGUUGAAAGACGUGAUCUCCCGGCUAAGGUCUGGGUAAAGGCUAACACAGUGAAUGUUGUUGAUUGUGCAUAUAGUGUAAAUGACUUGCAGGAGGGUUGCAAGUAUGAAUUUAGAAUCAGAGCCAAGAAUGCUGCUGGAGCACUAAGUCCACCCUCGGAACAAACUGAUACCCUUAUGUGCACGGAUGAAUAUGCGGCACCAACCAUUACUAUUGAUCCAACAGUAAAGGAGGGGCUUACUGUCAGAGCUGGUGAUAUCAUUAUCAUCACAGCAACAAGCAUUGUGGGCAAACCUCAACCAACCUCUGUGUGGUCAAAGGGUGGAAAAUACUUCAAGCCAUCAGAUGUCUGUCAAAUAGAAACUACCCCAUCCUCUUCUACUCUUUCUAUUAAGUAUGCAAGUCGGAAGGAAUCAGGAGAGUACACAAUUACAGCAAGUAACCCAUUUGGUGUCACAGAGGAGAAUGUUAAAGUGACAGUUUUGGAUGUCCCUGGGCCACCAGGACCAGUUGAAGCAAGUGGAGUUUCUUCUGAAAUGGUCACUUUGACAUGGACACCACCUCAUGAGGAUGGUGGAUCGCCAAUUAAGUACUACACAUUGGAGAAAAGAGAAACAAGCCGUCUACUUUGGACCAUUCUUGCUGAAAAGGUUAUUGACUGCCACUUUGUGGCCAAUAAGCUUAUCCAGGGAAAUGAGUACAUCUUCCGUGUUUCUGCUGUAAACAGUUAUGGAGCUGGUGAUCCUUGCCAUUCUGAGCCAGUCAAAAUGGUUGAUAGCUAUGGUCCUCCAGGCCCUCCAGGUAGACCAGAGGUAGAAAAUGUUGGUGGAAAUUCUGUUACGAUUGCAUGGAAAAGACCAUCUGAUGAUGGUGGCAGUAACAUAAUAGGCUACAUGGUGGAGAGGAAGGAAAAGAAGGGCAUGAGAUGGUCACGAGCAUCAAAGACAGCAAUUACAGACCUCCACUUUGAAGUGAAAGGAUUAAAAGAGGCAGUUGAAUAUGAAUUUAGAGUAGCUGCUGAGAAUAAGGCAGGUUUUGGAGAGCCAAGUGAGCCUUCACUGCCUGUGAGGACCAAGCUUGUUGCUGAUGUUCCUGCACCACCAGUCAACCCUCGAGUCACUGACACAACAAAAACAACAGCCGAAUUGCACUGGGGCAAACCACUAAGUGAUGGUGGCAUGGAAGUCACAGGAUACCUUGUUGAACACAAAAAAGAGGGAGAAGAAGAAUGGGUGAAAGACACAGCAACAUCUUUAAGGAUCACAGAGUUUGUUGUGCCUGAUUUGCAUGCUGGAGCCAAGUAUCACUUCAGAAUAAGUGCAGUGAAUGCAAUUGGUGUUAGUGAACCAGCGCAAACUGAGGAUCUUGUUGAAGUUAUUGAACGAGAAGAAGUACCUGAUCUAGAACUUGAUGUAGAACUUAGGAGAACAUUAGUUGUUAGGGCAGGUGCCUCCAUUCGUAUAUUUGUUCCUAUUAAAGGUCGUCCAACACCUACAGUGACUUGGACCAAAGAGGAUGCACCACUGAGGACUCGAGCAAACAUUGAUAAUACCGAAUCAUACACUUUAUUGGUCAUACCUGAUUGCAAUAGGCGUGAUGCAGGAAAAUAUGACUUGACGGUGAAGAAUGCUGCUGGAACAAAGACUGCCUCUGUUAAUGUGAGAGUGUUGGAUUCUCCUGGACCUCCUCUAAAUCUAAAACCGACAGCAAUUGACAAAGAGAGCAUCACUUUGCAAUGGGAAAUGCCUCUUAUUGACGGAGGUGCAAAGAUUACCAAUUACAUAAUUGAGAAAAGAGAAUCUACUCGGAAAGCAUAUGCUGCAGUAAUCACACAAUGCGCAACAUGCUCUGUUAGACUUCCUGAUUUAGGAGAGGGUUUAGAAUACUAUUUCAGAGUUUCUGCUGAAAAUGAGUAUGGCAUUGGUGAAGCAGUUGAAACCCCAGACCCCAUCAGAGUAUCUCAGGCACCAACACCACCACAAAAUGUCACUUUUGCUGAUGUCACAAAGAACUCAGUUAACCUUGCAUGGACAAAACCACAACAUGAUGGUGGAAGUAGAGUUACUGGCUAUGUGGUUGAGGCACAAAAGAAAGGAACAGAUCAGUGGGCCCAUGUUACAACUGUUAAGACUCUGGACUUUACUGUAAAAAAUCUUAAUGAAAAUGAAGAGUAUGUGUUCCGUGUAAUGGCAGUGAACAGUUCUGGCCGAAGUCAGCCUCGUUUAAGCAGGCCUGUUGUUAUUAGAGAACAAAGUUCAGAGCCAGAAUUUGAUCUUCGUGGUGUUUGUCAGAAGACGGUUAUCGCCAAGGCUGGUGAAGAUAUAAAGGUUGAAGUGCCUGUUUAUGGACGUCCUAAGCCAACAGUUUCGUGGCAGAAAGACAAUCAACACCUCAAAGUUACACAACGGACAAUGACGGAAAAUACCUACAACUCAACUAUCCUGAUCAUAAAUGAAUGUUUAAGGAGUGACAGUGGAGUAUACUCAAUGACAGGAAAGAACAUAGUUUGUUCAGUCACAGACAGCAUAACAGUGAAAGUGCAUGAUGUGCCUGGACCACCAAAGGGGCCAAUUAAACUGGACAAAAUAUCACGUACGUUCAUUGAGUUCUCAUGGGACACUCCUGAAAAUGAUGGAGGAGUGCCAAUCAAUAACUAUGUAGUUGAAAUAAGGGAAACUACUAGUCAGACAUGGACAGAACUUUCCUCAUUGAUCAUUCGCACAACAUUUAAAGCAACACGUUUAAAGACAGGCGUUGAAUACCAGUUCCGUGUCAAGGCCAAAAAUAGAUAUGGCACAGGACCUCCAAUAACCUCAGAGGCAGUGGUUGCUGCAUAUCCAUUUAAGGUGCCUGGGCCACCAGGAACACCCAAUGUUGUUGCUUUCACAAAGGAUAAAAUGACAAUUGGCUGGAAUGAGCCUGUUUCUGAUGGUGGAAGUGAAGUUAUUGGUUACCAUGUUGAGAGGAAAGAGAGGAACAGUAUUAUCUGGCACAGGAUUAGCAAGGCACUUGUGGUUGGAAAUCUUUUCACGUCCACUGGUCUAGAGGAUGGUGUUGCAUAUGAAUUCCGUGUGAUUGCAGAAAACAUAGCUGGAAUUGGGAAACCAAGCAAAGCUUCUGAACCAAUGCUUGCUCUUGAUCCAGUGGAUCCACCUGGUCAACCUGUUCCUGUCCAAGUGUCCAAAAAUGCCAUCACUAUUCAGUGGACAAAACCAGAGUAUGAUGGUGGAUUCAAGAUUACAGGAUAUACUGUAGAAAAGAGAGACAUUCCAGCUGGACGCUGGAUACGAGCCAACUUCACAAAUAUAAUUGAAACCACCUUCACUGUAAGUGGUCUAACGCAAGACUCCUCUUAUGAAUUCCGUAUACUUGCAAGGAAUUCUGCUGGUGCUGUUAGUAAUCCAUCAGAGUCAUCAGAUCCAAUUAUUUGCAAAGAUGACAUUGUAGAACCAAGAAUUAUGGUUGAUGCCAAAUUUAAAGAUGUUGUACUUGUCAAAGCUGGAGACGUCUUCAAACUUGAAGCUGAUGUUGCAGGCCAACCAUUACCAUCAAUGGUUUGGACCAAAAAUGGAAAUGAUGUUGAAAACACAUCCAAACUACAAAUUAAAAUGACAGAUCUUACAGCAGGAUUAAUCAACAAGGAUUCUGUUAGAAGGGAUGGUGGUGAAUUUGUUCUAACAGCAACAAAUGUUGGUGGUUUUGCAAAGCACAUCUUCAAUGUGAAGGUUCUUGAUAGACCAGGACCACCUAGGGGACCUCUGGCAGUUUCAGGUAUUACUGCAGAAAAAUGCACACUCACAUGGAAUCCACCUGAAGAUGAUGGGGGUGCAAACAUUGAACAUUAUAUAAUUGAAAAACGUGAAUCAAGCAGACUUGCCUGGACAGUUGUGGGAUCAGACUUACAGGUUAACCAGCAUCAAGUAACAAAAUUGCUUAAAGGAAAUGAAUACAUUUUUAGAGUAAUAGCUGUUAACAAGUACGGUAUUGGAGAACCUCUAGAGUCUGAGGCAACAAUUGCAGAAAACCCAUAUCUACCACCAAGUCCCCCACAAACACCUGAGAUAACAGCUGUCACCAAGGAUUCAAUGGUACUCUGUUGGAGGGCACCAUCUAGCAAUGGUGGAAGUGAAAUUACCAGUUAUCGCAUUGAGAAGAGAGAUAGGAUUGGUUUGCGGUGGGUUAAAUGUAACAAAAAGAAUGUUACUGGCCUGCAUUUCAAGGUUACUGCCCUCGUCCCAGGCCAUGAAUAUGAAUUCAGAGUUUUUGCAGAAAAUGCAGCAGGAAUAAGUGAACCAAGUCCUUCGUCACCAUUUGUUAAGGCCACAGAUGCUCUUUUCAAACCAGGGCCCCCUGGCAAUCCAAGAAUCCUUGACUCGACAAGUUCUUCCAUCACACUUGCAUGGAACAAACCAGUUUAUGAUGGUGGUUCUGAAAUCACAGGGUAUAUUGUUGAGACCUGUCUACCUGGAAUUGAGGAAGAAGAAUGGACAAUUGUCUCCCCUAAAGAAGGGGUAAAGGGGACAUCCUUUACAAUUACAAAUCUUAAAGAAAAUCAGGAAUACAAAAUCAAUGUGUCAGCUCUAAAUAGUGAGGGUAUUGGAGAAGCAGGAUCUGUUCCUGGGUCACCCAAAGCAGAGGAGAGACUUCUACCUCCAGAGGCUGAUCUUGAUGCUGAACUUCGCAAGAUUAUAAGCAUAAGAGCUUGCACUACACUGAGACUUUUUGUGCCAUUUAGAGGUAGACCAACACCUGAGGCCAAAUGGUCAAGAGAGAAUGAUGAACCUUUGGAUAGAGCUACUAUUGAAACUACAUCUUCCUUUACAUCACUUGUUGUCGGAAAUGUGAAUCGAUUUGACAGUGGCAAAUACACUUUGACUGUGGAAAACAGCUCUGGAGCAAAGACAGUUUCUGUGAUUGUUAAAGUUUUAGACACACCAGGAGCACCACAAAACCUAAAAUUCAGUAAGGUCACUAAAGAAUCUGUGUCACUUGUGUGGGACCCUCCACUAAAUGAUGGUGGCUCAAAAAUUAAGAAUUAUGUUGUUGAAAAGCGUGAGGCAACCAGAAAGGCAUAUGCUACAGUUAAUGCCCUCUGUCAAAAAACUACUUGCACAAUUGAUCUACUUCAAGAAGGGUGUAACUACUAUUUCAGAGUUCUUGCAGAAAAUGAAUAUGGCAUUGGUCUUCCUAUUGAGACAGGUGAAUCAGUCAAAGUGUCUGAGAAGCCACUUCCUCCGGGGAAGAUUACGCUUCAAGAUGUAACAAAGACAAGUGUCACUUUGUCAUGGGAGAAACCAGAACAUGAUGGAGGAAGUAGAGUGGUUGCUUAUGUUGUUGAGAUGCAAAGUAAAGGCAUUGAGAAAUGGACGCAAGCUGUGAUUGUUAAGGUACCUGAAGCGGUUAUUAAUGGACUUGUACCUGGUGAGGAGUAUAUGUUCCGUGUUUCUGCAAGGAAUGAAAAGGGAACCAGUGAUCCUCGUCAAAUUGGUGUGCCUGUGAUUGCCAAGGACCUUGUAAUUGUUCCAUCUGCUAAGCUGUUGUUCUCAACAUUCAGUGUCCUGGCAGGAGAGGAUUUAACAAUUGAUGUUCCAUAUAUAGCUCGUCCCAAGGCCACCAUUUCAUGGUUAAAGGAAGCAGCUCCACUUAAACGAACUACCAGGGUAAACUUUUCUUCUACCGAUACACAGCUCAGUCUAAUAAUCAAAGAGGCUUGUAGAGAUGAUGUUGGCCAAUAUAGCAUUAAGCUAUCAAACACAGCUGGUGAGACAACAGUGGAUAUUGGAAUUGUUGUUCUUGACAAACCUGGUCCACCAACAGGCCCUGUUAAAGUUGAAGAAGUAACAUCUGACAGUGUUACUAUUUAUUGGAAGCCACCAGAGUAUGAUGGAGGCUGCGUCAUUAACAAUUAUAUAGUUGAAAAGAGAGACACAUCCACAACCAAUUGGCAGAUUGUUGCAGCAAAUCUAGCAAGAACUCAAAUUAAAGCAGGAAGACUGAAAACAGGCUCUGAAUAUCAAUUCAGAAUUGCAGCAGAGAACAGAUAUGGCAAAAGCCCUCUCCUUGUGUCUGAAUGUGUUAUUGCCCAGUAUCCUUACAAACUACCAGGGCCGCCUGGAACACCUUUUAUACAAUCUUCUAAAAAGGAUAGUAUGGUGGUGGUGUGGAAUGAACCUGUCAUUGAUGGUGGAAGCACCAUUUUAGGAUAUCACCUUGAACGGAAAGAGAGAAAUAGCAUUCUUUGGAUUAAAUUGAACAAAAGUCUAAUCCAAGACACAACUUUCAAGACCACAGGUCUUGAGGAAGGCCUGGAGUAUGAGUUUAGAGUUUAUGCUGAGAACAUUGUUGGUAUUGGGAAGGCUAGCAAAAUCUCAGAAGGCUACAUUGCCAGAGAUCCUUGUGAUCCUCCUGGAACACCUGAAGCAGUUAAGAUAACUAAGAGUUCAAUUACAAUUGAAUGGACCAAGCCAGAGUAUGAUGGUGGAAGCAAAGUCACUGGCUACAUUGUAGAGAAGAAGGAAUUGCCUGAGGGACGAUGGAUAAAAGCAAAUUUCACUAAUGUUAUAGAGACAGAAUAUACUGCAACAGGUCUCACAGAGGAUCAGAAAUACGAGUUCCGUGUCAUUGCAAGAAAUGCUGCUGGAGUCUUCAGUGAUCCUUCAUAUAGCACUGGGACUAUCGUGGCAAAGGAUGAGAUAGAGCCUCCACGUAUCAGCAUAAAUCCAGAGUACACUCAGACUAUUUUAGUAAAUGCAAGAGACAACUUUAAGAUUGAUGCAGAUGUUCAUGGAAAACCAGCCCCUACUAUCCACUGGAUGAAGGGUGAGCAGGAACUUGGAAACACUAUACAUCGGGAAAUUAAAAACACAGAGAGCUUUACUUGUCUCACUGUUAAAGAGGCCAAACUUGCUGAUGGAGGUCAAUAUACUCUACUGCUAAGAAAUCCAGGUGGUGAGAAAGCUGUCCAAGUCAAUGUCAGUGUCCUAGAUAAACCUGGACCACCAGAGGGACCUAUCUCUAUUGCUGGUGUUACCAGUGAGCAAUGCUUUCUUGCUUGGAAACCACCUAAACAGGAUGGUGGCAGCAAGAUCACUUAUUAUAUUGUUGAAAAGAGAGAGACUAGCCGACUGCUGUGGACUGUUGUUGAGCCCAAAGUACAAGCUGAAAAUCUUAAAGUAACAAAACUCCUAGAGGGAAAUGAAUACAUUUUCAGAGUUUUACCAGUGAACAAAUUUGGCGUUGGUGAGUCACUACAGUCAAGUGCAGUUAUUAUUAAGAACCCAUUCACACCUCCAGAUGCACCUAAAGGAGUGGAAGUCUCUGAAGUCAAGAAAGAUUCAAUGGUCUUAACCUGGGAGGUCCCAACAAAUGAUGGUGGCACACCUAUCACUGGAUAUAUUAUUGAAAAACAUGACAAAGAAGGUGUUAGGUGGACCAGAUGCAACAUGCACACAGUUACUAACCUUACAUUCAAGGUUACUGGACUCCUUGAGAACCACCUUUAUGAAUUCAGAGUCACUGCUGAAAAUACUGCUGGGGUUGGUGAGACAAGUUCUGCAACUGUAUUCUAUAAAGCUGUGGAUCCUAUAUUUAAACCAGGGCCACCAAAUAAUCCAAAACUGAUAGACAUGACUAAAUCAACUGUUAUACUUACAUGGGGAAAGCCCAUAUAUGAUGGUGGCUGUGAAAUCCAAGGAUAUAUUGUUGAAGCAUGUGAAGUAAAAGCAGCUGUAGAGGGUGUAAAGGCUCCAGAAGAAAUCAAGUCUGUGGAGGAGUCAGCAGUUGCUGAGGAAUGGACAAUGUGUACCCCACCAACAGGUGUCAAACUGACACGCUUUACUGUAGAAAAUUUAAAAGUAAAACAGGAAUAUAAAUUCCGGGUUUGUGCAGUUAACAAGGUUGGUGUUGGGGAGCAAGCUGAUGUUGCUGGUCCCAUUCUGCCAGAGGACAAAAUUGAGGAACCAGAUCUUGAUAUUGAUCCUGAGUUUCGAAAGCUUGUCCGCAUUAAAGCUGGAGGUUCUCUUAGGAUGUUCGUUCCUUUCAGAGGAAGACCAAUCCCACAAAUCAAAUGGGAAAAGGAAGGUGGACAAAUAAAAGAAACGGCACAGAUUGAGACCACCAGCAGUCACACUUAUCUUGUGAUUGAUCAAACUAACAGAGCAGACAGUGGUAAAUACACUGUGACUGCAGAAAACUCUGCUGGUGCAAAAUCUGACACUAUUAGUGUCAAAGUCCUUGACACACCAAGUGCUCCACUGCAACUUAAAGUGAAAGAAAUUAAAAGGGAAUCCGUUACCCUUACAUGGGAGCCUCCAUCUAUGGACGGUGGUGCAAAGAUAAAAAAUUACAUUGUUGAGAAACGUGAGAGCACUAGAAAAGCAUUCUCUGCUGUUGUCACAAACUGCCACAAGGUGUCAUGGAAAAUUGAACCACUUCAAGAGGGCUGCAGUUACUAUUUCAGAGUGCUUGCAGAGAAUGAGCAUGGUGUAGGGUUACCUGCAGACAUUAUAGAUCCUAUAAAGGUUUCAGAGGUGCCACAAUGUCCUGGAAAAUUAAGUGUUGUAGAUGUUACUAAAACAAGUGUGUCUCUUGCUUGGGAGAAGCCCAUUCAUGAUGGUGGCAGUAGAAUUCUUCAGUAUCUUGUUGAAAUGCAAGUCAAAGGUAAUGAGAAAUGGUCUGGCUGUGCCAAUGUAAAAACAUUAGAAGCUGUGAUUAGUAAUUUGAACCCUGGAGAAGAGUACACUUUUAGAGUAAUCGCUGUCAAUGAAAAAGGAAAGAGUGACCCAAGAACACUUGCUGUCCCAGUGCAAGCAAAGGACCUUGUCUUUGGGCCUGAUGUAAGACCUGCAUUCAGCAGUUACAGUGUUCUUGUUGGAAAAGACCUCAAAGUUGAAAUUCCCAUUUUUGGUCGUCCAAAACCAAAGAUAACAUGGUCAAAGGACGGUGCACCCCUUAAAUUCACAACAAGGGUUAACAUUUCUAGUACAAUGCACCAUACUAUUCUUAGCAUUAAAGAAGCAGCAAGAGAAGAUGGUGGAAUGUAUGGAAUAAAUGUGUCUAAUACUGUCGGACAGAAAGAAGCGACUAUUGAAAUCAUCACUCUUGAUAAGCCUGGCCCGCCAACUGGUCCUGUGCGAUUUGAAGAGAUAACUGUAUCAAGUGUUACAUUGUCAUGGGAUCCUCCUAAGUUUACUGGUGGUUGUCCUAUUUCAAAUUACAUUGUGCAAAAACGAGAUACAACGACCACCGCAUGGGAGAAUGUUGCCAUAUCCCUAGCAAGAACAACACUGAAGGUUCCACGACUUAAGAUUGGUGCUGAAUAUCAAUUCAGAAUCAUUGCCCAAAACAGGUAUGGCAAGAGUUAUGCUUUGGACUCUUCAGCUGUGGUUGCCCAGUAUCCUUAUAGAGAACCAGGACCACCAGGUACUCCUUUUGUGUCAUCCCUAUCCAAGGAGCACAUGACUGUUGAAUGGCAUGAACCAGUUUCAGAUGGAGGCAGCAACAUUAUUGGAUACCAUCUUGAGAGGAAGGAGCGAAACAGCAUUCUUUGGACAAAGAUAAACAAGACAUUAAUCCAAGAAACAAGAUUCAAAACCUGUCCUUUAGAAGAGGGUGUUGAAUAUGAGUUUAGAGUUUACGCUGAAAAUAUUGUUGGCAUUGGCAGAUGUAGUAAAAUCUCUGAGGGCUUUGUUGCACGUGAUCCAUGUGAUCCGCCUGGAACCCCAGAAGCUAUACAUGUCAGUAAAACUUCCAUAACCAUUGAGUGGACAAAACCAGAGUAUGAUGGUGGAAGUGUCAUCACUGGUUAUACGGUGGAGAAACGUGAUCUCCCAGAGGGGCGCUGGAUGAAAGCAAGCUUCACAAAUGUCAUUGAAACCAAUUUUACUGUCACCAGCUUAACAGAAGGUGCCAAGUACGACUUCAGGGUAAUUGCAAAAAAUGCAGCUGGCACAAUCAGCAAACCAUCUUAUAACAGUGGACCUAUUGCUGCAUUAGAUGAGGUAGAGCCACCUAAGUUCUCAAUUGACCCAGAAUACACACAAGCACUUAUUGUGAAUGCCGGUGAUACAUUUAAGCUUGAUGCUGACGUCUACGGUAAGCCAGUUCCCACAAUACAAUGGUUUAAGAAUGAGAAGGUGCUUGAAAACACGCUUCGAUGUGACAUCAAGAAUACUGAUAAUAGAGCAUUUAUCAUGGUAAAAGAUGCAACCAGACAAGAUGGUGGAACCUACACUCUUCAGAUCACUAAUAUUGCUGCCUCACAAACUGUUCCGUUCCAAGUGAAAGUGCUUGAUAAGCCAGGUCCUCCAGAGGGGCCUCUUCAUGUCACAGGUGUCUCCAGCAAUAAAUGCACUCUAUCUUGGCAUGCUCCACAAGACGAUGGAGGAAACAGCAUCACUCAUUACAUCAUUGAGAGACGUGAGACAAGUCGCCUGGCUUGGAAUGUGGUCAGUAAUGACUGUAGAACCACAGUAUACAAAGUGACAAAGCUCCUGGAAGGUAAUGAAUAUAUAUUCCGUGUCAUGGCUGCAAACAGUUACGGUGUUGGUGAGCCAAUUACCACAUCAUCCAUAAUUAUGAAAGAUCCAUUUGGUCACCCUGGAUCACCACAAAUUAUUGAGGUAACAAAUAUAGCGAGGGAUUCUAUGACUAUUUGCUGGAAUGCACCAGAUACUGAUGGUGGAAGUGAAAUUCUUGGUUACAUAAUUGAGAAAAGAGACAGAUCUGGAAUUAAAUGGACAAGAUGCAACAGACAGAAAGUCACAGAUGUAUGUUUCAGAGUGCAAGGCCUAAUUGAGGAUCAUGAAUAUGAAUUUAAAGUAUCUGCUGAAAAUGCAGCUGGAAAUGGAGAGCCAUGCUUGCCAACUUCAUACUACAAGGCUUGUGAUCCCAAAUACAAACCUGGCCCACCCGUGAAUGCACAUGUUAUUGAUACAACAAAUUCUUCGAUUACAGUGGCAUGGGGAAAACCCCUUAAUGAUGGUGGAUGUGAAAUUCAAGGAUAUAUUGUUGAGAUCUGCAAGGCUGAAGAGGAGGAAUGGGUUAUGUGCACUCCACCUACUGGCUUACGUGUUAACAAAUUUGAAAUUACUAAAUUAACAGAACAGCAUGAAUAUAAGAUUCAAAUAUGUGCCAUCAAUAAAAUGGGUGUUGGAGAACCCUCUGCUAUUCCAGGUACUGCCAAACCUGAGGACAAGCAAGAAGUCGCUGAAAUUCACCUUGAUUCAGAGCUGAGAAAAGGAAUUGUUGUUCGUGCUGGAGGAUCAAUCAGAAUUAAUGUACCAUUUAAAGGUAGACCAAUACCAAAUGUGAAAUGGACUAAAGAUGAAGGUGAGCUGUCAGAAAAGACUGUGGUUGAAAAAGGUUUUAACUUCACCCAGCUAUCAAUUGACUCCUGUGAUAGAAGAAACUCUGGAAAAUAUGCUGUAACUUUGGAGAACAGUAGUGGCUCUGUAUCUGAUUUUGUUUUAGUCAAAGUGUUAGAUACUCCUGGGGCCCCUCUGAACCUUGCUGUUAAAGAUAUAAAGACAAACUCUGUCACUCUUGUUUGGGAACCGCCACUUAUUGAUGGAGGUGCAAAGAUCAAGAAUUAUGUUGUUGACAAGCGUGAAUCUACAAGAAAGGCUUAUGCAAAUGUAACAGCCAAGUGCAGCAAUACAACUUAUAAGGUGGAAAAUCUUGCAGAAGGGGCCAUGUAUUACUUCAGAGUUAUGGCUGAAAAUGAAUAUGGUGUUGGUUUACCAGUAGAAACAAAGACUGCUUCAAAGGCUUCUGAAGUACCACAGCCAGUUGGAAAGGUAAUGUUGACUGAUGUGACUAAAGGAAGUGCAUCACUGGCCUGGGAAAAACCAGAGCAUGACGGUGGCAGUAGGAUUGGUGGCUAUUUGAUUGAAAUGCAACCAAAAGGAACUGACAAAUGGGGUGUUGCAACAAAUGUGAAGACAUGUGAAGGCAAUGUCACUGGACUUACUGCUGGUCAGGAAUAUAUGUUCCGUGUUCUUGCAUACAAUGAGAAAGGAAAAAGUGACCCAAAGCCCCUUGCUGCUCCUGUUAUUGCCAAUGACCUCACAAUUGAGCCAAGCUUUAAGUUGCAGUUCAAUACAUAUAGCAUCAAAGCUGGAGCUGACUUCAAACUUGAAAUACCAAUUUUUGGACGUCCAAAACCAAAGAUCGCCUGGACAAAGGAUGGGCAGUCACUUAAGGUAACAUCCAGAGUUACUACUAAAAACACAUCAACAUCUACAAUCCUACAGAUAACUGACGCUUGUAAGGAUGACCUUGGAAAGUAUGCAGUUGCAGCAACUAAUAGUGUUUGUGCAGUUACUGAAGAUAUUGGCAUCAUAAUCCUUGAUAAACCUGGUCCACCCAUAGGACCAGUAAAAGUAAAUGAAGUCAGCAAUAACUCUGUUUCCAUCUCAUGGGAACCACCAGAGUAUACAGGAGGCUGCCAAGUAAAGCAUUAUAUUGUUGAAAAGCGAGACACUACUGAAAUAACUUGGCAGGUUGUUGCUGGCUCAGUUGCAAGGACUUCUCUGAAAAUCACUAAGUUAAAAACAGGUGCUGAGUAUCAGUUUAGAGUCAUUGCUGAAAACAGAUAUGGUAAAGGUUCUCCCUUGGACUCAAAGUCAAUUGUUGUACAGUAUCCUUACAAAACCCCUGGGCCUCCUGGUACACCACAUGUGAAGUCUGCCACUAAGGACCAAAUGGUAAUUGAGUGGAAUGAGCCAGUUAAUGACGGUGGCAGCUCAGUAAUUGGUUAUCACCUUGAGAGCAAAGAAAGAACAAGUAUUUUAUGGACAAAAUUAAACAAAACCCUUAUCACUGAUACCACAUUCAAGAUAUGUAAUCUUGAAGAAGGCAUUGGAUAUGAAUUUAGGGUAUAUGCCGAAAAUAUUGUUGGCAUUGGCAGAGCAAGCAAAGUUUCAGACAGCUUUGUUGCUCGUGACCCAUGUGAUCCCCCAGGUACUCCUGAGGCUGUAGCCAUAUCAAAGAACCACAUUACAAUUCAGUGGACAAAGCCUCAAUAUGAUGGUGGCAGCAAAGUGACUGGAUAUAUUGUUGAAAGAAGAGACUUGCCUGAGGGCCGAUGGAUGAGGGCAAACUUUACAAAUGUAAUUGAAACAGAAUUUAAAAAUACAGGCUUGACAUUAGGUAGUCAGUAUGAAUUUAGAGUAAUUGCAAGAAAUGCAGCUGGUGUCUUCAGUGAGCCUUCUGACAGCACUGGACCAAUAACUGCUACAGAUGAAAUCGAACCUCCUAACGUUUCAAUGGAUCCCAAGUACAAUGAUGUUAUUGUCGUCAAUGCUGGAGACAAUUUAGUUUUGGAUGCAGAUAUCCACGGAAAACCCACACCUGAUAUCCACUGGCUAAAAGAAGAAAAAGAAAUGCUUAAGACACUGCGCAUUGAAGAAAAAAGCACCCAGAAAUAUGCUUCUAUUACAAUCAAAGACUGUACAAGAUUGGAUAGUGGACAUUAUGAUCUUGUAUUGAGUAAUAGUGGCGGAACAAAAACAGUUCCAAUAACAGUAAAAGUUCUUGACAGACCAGGUACACCAACUGGACCAUUGCGUAUAACUGGUGUCAUGUCUGAUAAAUGUAACCUGUUCUGGUCAGAGCCCUCUCAGGAUGGUGGUGCCAAUAUCUCUCAUUAUAUUCUUGAGAAAAGGGAAACUAGCAGGCUGUCAUGGACUGUUGUUGAUUCCAACAUUCCAACUGUGAGUUAUAAGGUGACAAAACUUCUACCAGGUGAUGAGUAUAUCUUUAGAGUUAUGGCUGUCAACAAAUAUGGAAUCAGUGAAGCAUUGGAAUCUCAGGCAGUUAUUGCACGCAACCCAUAUAAGCCCCCAAGUGCACCAUCAACACCGGAGGCAAGAGAGACAUCAAAAGAUUCAAUGACUUUAUCAUGGAAUGCACCUGAGACUGAUGGUGGAACAGAAAUUACCGGUUAUCACUUGGAGAAGCGUGAUAAAGAUGGUGUGAGGUGGACAAAAUGCAACAGACAGAAGUUGACUGAUUUGUAUUUCAAAGUAACCAGCCUGUCAGAGGGACAUUUCUAUGAGUUCCGUGUUGCUGCGGAGAAUGAAGCAGGUAUGGGAGAGCUUAGUGAUUUGUCUCUGUUUUAUAGAGCAAUCAAUGCCACAACUCCACCUGGUCCACCUCAUCAUCCUAAAGUGACCAAUCACACAAGCUCAUCUAUAUCUUUAUCUUGGGGAAAACCUUCUACUGAUGGUGGAUCAUAUGUUAAAGGUUACAUUGUAGAGAUGAAAGAAGUUUCUUCAGAGGACUGGAUCAUAUGCACACCUCCAGCUGGUAUACAAGCAACACGCCUCACAGUUGAAAACCUGAAGGAGAAUGCGGAAUAUAACUUCAGAGUCUGCGCAAUAAAUUCUGAAGGAGUUGGUGAACCUGCUGAUGUGCAUGGUUCAGUGACUGCAUCUGAAAAAAUUGAAGCACCUGAGAUUGAACUUGAUGCUGACCUCAGAAAGGUUGUCUCUGUCCGUGCAGGGGGAUCCCUUCGCCUUUUCAUUACAAUUCGAGGUAGACCUGAGCCAUCUAUCAAAUGGGAAAAGGAGGAUGGAGCUCUAACCGAGCGUGCCCAGAUCGAGUCCACAGGUUCAUAUACCAUGCUUGUAAUUGAUCAUGUCAAUAGAUUUGACAGUGGUAAAUAUGUGUUGACUCUUGAAAAUAAGAGUGGAACAAAAUCUGCAUUUGUCAAUGUCAGGGUGCUUGACACACCAAGUGCUCCACAGAAGUUUGAAGUGAAAGAUGUCAAGAAAGACUCAGUGUCUCUCUGUUGGGAGCCACCCCUUACAGAUGGUGGAGUUAAAAUAACUAAUUAUGUUGUUGAGAAGAGAGAAUCUACAAGGAAGGCUUAUACAACUGUCACAAGUAACUGCACACAAACCUUUUUUAAAGCUGAUGAACUGCAGGAGGGAGGCAUUUUCUACUUCCGUGUGUGUGCUGUUAAUGAGUAUGGCUUUGGUAUGAUGGCAGAGACAAAAAGUCCUAUUAAGGUAGCACAACCACCUAAACCCCCAGGAAAAGUAAGUCUUGUGGAUGUCACAAAGAAUAGUGUGACACUUUGUUGGGUGAAGCCUGUCCAUGACGGAGGCAGCAAAAUAAUCUGCUACAAUGUAGAGAUGCAAAACAAGGGCAGUGACAAAUGGGGUGUAAGCUGCACAGUUAAGGUCCCAGAGGCAACUGUAAGCAACCUCACACCUAAUGAAACAUACUCAUUUAGAGUUAUUGCAUUAAAUGAGAAAGGCAAGAGUGAGCCCCAAGAACUUGGCGUGCCUGUUGUGGCUAAAGAUAUUGAAAUUGAACCUUCAGUCAAUCUGCUGUUCAAUACUUUUAGUGUUAAAGCUGGAGAUGACCUUACUGUGGAAGUUCCUGUAAGAGGCAGGCCUAAGCCAGUUGUCUCAUGGAAGAAGGAUGGCCUUCCUCUGAGGCAAACAACCACCCUUUCAAUCAUCAACACUCUAGUGUCAACCAAAAUUGUCAUCAAAGAAGCUGCCAUUGAGCAUGUUGGUAAAUAUGAACUCACUCUUGCUAAUACAGCAGGCACCAUAUCCACCGAUAUCGCUAUUGUUGUCCUGGAUAAACCCAGUCCCCCAGCUUCAGUAAAAGUUGAUGCUGUGACUUCUGACAGUAUUUCAUUGUCAUGGACCCCACCAGAGUAUGAUGGUGGAUGCUCAAUUAACAAUUACAUUGUGGAGAAGAGAGAUACCAACACAACAGAGUGGCAGAUUGUUUCAACAAAUGUUGCCAGAACAUCAAUCAAGGUUCCUAGAUUGACAAAAGGUUCUGAGUACCAGUUCCGUAUUUAUGCAGUGAACCGUUAUGGAAAGAGUAAGCCAAUUGACUCGCCGGGCAUUACUGCAGAGUACACAUUCAAACAGCCUGGCCCACCUUCAACACCACGUGUAGCUCAUGCCACCAAAGUCUUCAUGUUGGUUACAUGGAAUGAACCUGUUAAUGAUGGUGGUAGUACAGUCCUUGGAUAUCAUUUGGAACGCAAGGAAAGAACCAGUAUUCUAUGGACAAAAGUGAACAGGACACUCAUCAAGGAUACUGAAUUUAAAGUAACUGGCAUUGAAGAAGGCAUGAUGUAUGAGUUUAGGGUCUAUGCUGAAAACAUUGCUGGAAUUGGCAAAGCAAGCAAAGCCAGUGAGGCCAUAGCUGCACGUGACCCUUGUGAUCCUCCUGGUCAGCUGGUGGUAACUAGCAUUACCAAGUCCUCCGUAUCUCUUUCUUGGGAAAAGCCUGAGUAUGAUGGUGGAGCCAAAGUCACUGGUUAUACAAUUGAACGUAGAGAUCUUCCACAGGGGCGCUGGGUAAGAUGCAAUUUUACUAAUGUUGCAGAGACCUACUUUGAUGUUACUGGCCUGACAGUUGAUGAGCAAUAUGAUUUCCGUGUCAUUGCAAAGAAUGCUGCUGGACUAUUCAGUGAGCCAUCUGAUAACACUGGUCCUAUUACAGUUAAAGAUAAUGUUGAUCCACCACGCAUUAUGAUGGAUGUCAAAUUCAGAGAUGUUGUAGAAGUAAAAGCAGGGGAAACCCUGAAGAUUAAUGCUGAUAUUGCUGGACGCCCACUUCCAGUGGCAUCUUGGUCAAAGGAUGGACAUGAAAUUGAACAGAAGGCAAGAAUUCAGAUAACUGGAACAGAUACUAAUACUAUGAUAGUAAUUAAAGACUGCAAGAGAAGUGAUUCUGGACAGUACGCCUUGACAUUACAAAAUGUGUCAGGAAGUGUCACAACACCAGUAAAUUGUGUUAUUCUUGAUAAACCAGGACCUUCCGCAGGUCCAUUGUCUGUUACAGGCCUCACAGCAGAGAAGUGCACAUUGUCAUGGGGGCCACCUCAAGAAAUUGGUGGUGCUGAAAUAACACAUUAUAUUGUUGAGAAAAGAGACACCAGCCGACUGGCAUGGACACUUGUACAUGGAGAGGUCAAAACCACAACCUUCAAGGUCACUAAACUGCUGAAAGGAAAUGAGUAUAUAUUUAGAGUUAUGGCUGUCAACAAGUUUGGAAUUGGUGAAGUACUCGAAAGUGAAAUUGUAAAAGUUACUGAUCCAUUCACCAUCCCAGCAGCUCCAACUAAUGUUGAAAUCAUAAUUGUGACUAGCGAGUCAAUGACUAUUACUUGGGCAAAGCCUUGUUCUGAUGGAGGCAGUGAGAUCCUUGGAUACAUAAUUGAAAGGCGGGAGAAAUCUGGUCUUCACUGGGUCCGUGUAAACAGAGAGCUUGUGACAGACUUAACAGCUGAGAUAUCAAAAGUAAGAAGAGGAUGUGAAUAUGAAUUUAGAGUUUAUGCUGAAAAUGAAGCCGGUUUGAGUUCAGCCAGUGAUCUGUCUGCUUCAGCACGGGCUGAAGAUGAACUUAUAGUGCCCUCUCCACCAACUAAACCUAAGAUUCUGGACUAUACAAAGAAUUCAAUUACUAUUGCCUGGAAAAAGCCUUCAUCUGAUGGUGGUGCAACAAUUCUUGGAUACAGUGUAGAAUAUAAGAAAUCAGAGGAUGAGGAGUGGGUUGUGGCUAUUCAAAUGACAAAGAGCAACGAAUUCACUGUAUCUGGUCUAACACCUGAGGCAGAGUAUGUAUUUGCUGUUAAAGCAAUAAACAAAAUUGGUGUAAGCGAACUGUCACCUAUUGCCGAGCCACAGAUAGCAACAGAGAGAAAAGAGGAGCCUGUGUUUGAUGUUGACAUUGAAAUGCGAAAGACUUUAAUUGUCAAGCAUGGCAAUUCAUUUACACUGACAGCACCAUUUAAGGGAAGGCCAGUACCUUCCGUUACAUGGUGUAAAGAGGAUGUGGAUCUUAAAGCAAGAGCAAGCGUUGAAACAACUAAAAACUGCACAUCUAUUACUAUUGAGAAAGCCACAAGAAAUGACUCUGGACAAUACAUUGUUAAUUUGGACAAUGGUGUUGGAACCGCAUCUCUGCCAAUGGUAGUCAAAGUCCUUGAUUCCCCUGGAUCACCAACUAAUGUAAAGAUUACAGAAGUCACAAUAGAUUCUGCUACAGUUACUUGGGAAGCUCCAGAAAAUGAUGGAGGAGAUGCUGUCAAAGCUUACCAUGUUGAGAAACGUGAAGCCAGUAAAAAGGCCUGGGUAUGCGUAACCAGCAACUGUCACAGUUUGACAUACAAAGUUGAAGCCUUACAAGAAGGGGCAAUCUACUACUUUCGAGUUAUUGGAGAAAAUGAGUUUGGAGUUGGCGUACCUACUGAAACUAAAGAUGGAACCAAGAUUACAGAAAAACCAAGUCCGCCUGCUAGAUUUGGUGUUACCGCAGUCACAAAGGAUAGUGUGACCAUAGCAUGGUCAAAACCAGAACACGAUGGUGGAAGCCGUAUUACCAGUUACCUAAUUGAUGCCCUUGAAAAGGGCCAACAGAAAUGGGUUAAAUGUGCCACGGUAAAAACUAACACCCACACCAUUAAGGCCUUGAGAGAAAAUGGAGAAUACUUCUUUAGAGUUCGUGCUGAGAAUCAUGCUGGACUCAGUGAACCAAAAGAAAUGAUCAUCCCUGUGGUUGUAAAAGAUCAGCUGGACGCACCGGAGUUUGAUAUGAAGAACUUCCCACACAACACUGUUUAUGUGAGAGCAGGUUCGAAUCUUAAUUUUGAACUUCCUCUCACUGGCAAACCAAUGCCAAAGGUCACAAUGACGAGAAGUAAUGUUCAAGUUAGGUGCGGAAAGCGAUUCAGCUUUGAAGUAACACCUGAAAGUCUUAAUAUCGGCCUUAAGGAGAGUAUUGCAAGUGAUUCUGGAAGAUAUGACAUUGUUGCCUCAAACACAAGUGGAACAACCAAGAUGUUUGUAAAUAUCCUGGUCUUAGAUAGACCAGGACCUCCAGUCAGUCCUAUAGAAGUUAGUGACGUAGGAGAGACAAGCUUGUGUCUCAAAUGGCUCCCACCUUUGUAUGAUGGUGGCAGUCCUGUUACCAACUAUGUUGUUCUUAAACGUGAAACAAGUACUCCAACAUGGGCAGAAGUGUCAUCCACAAUUGCCAGAAAUACUAUUAAAGUAACCAAACUGACUAAGGGAGAAGAAUGCCAGUUCAGGAUAAAAGCAGAGAAUCGCUUUGGCAUCAGCGACCACAUUGAUUCCCAGGCAAUUACAGUAAAGCUUCCAUACACUAUCCCUGGACCACCCUCAACACCAUGGGUUAGCUUUGUGUCAAGGGAAAGCCUUACAAUAUGUUGGCAUGAGCCAGUGGUAGAUGGAGGAAACCCUGUCUUUGGAUACCACGUGCAAAUGAAAGAAAGAAGCAGCAUCCUUUGGCAGAAGGUGAACAAAAUAGCAAUCCCUGCAACUCAAAUUAGAGUAUCAAAUAUAUGUCCUGGAAUGAUUUACGAGUUCAAGGUAGCUGCAGAAAAUGACGCUGGCAUUGGAAAGUUUAGCAAAACUUCAGAAGAAGUACUAGCAAUUGACGCUUGUGAACCACCGGCAAAUGUGAGAAUCUAUGAAGUUACAAAAAAUUCAGUUAGCCUUGUUUGGCAGAAGCCUCCAUUUGAUGGCGGAAGCAAAAUCACUGGGUAUAUAGUUGAACGAAGAGAUGCUCCAAAAGGCAGGUGGACAAAGGCAAACUACACCAAUGUCAUUGAUACAAACUUCACUGUAUCAGGCCUGACACAGGAUCAGUCAUAUGAAUUCAGGAUAUUUGCGAAAAAUGCUGUUGGCUCUAUGAGCAACCCAUCUCUGAUUGCAGGUCCAGCAACUUGUGUUGACAUUUCUGGUGCUCCAGUUAUUGACCUUCCUCCAGAGUACUUGGAUGUUGUGCAAUACAAAGCUGGUGCAUCAGUUAAGAUCAAAGUGGGAAUAACUGCUAAACCAUUGCCAGCUAUUGAAUGGCUUAAAGAUGGAAAGGAAUUAGUGUCAAGUGCACAGCUUUCAAUUGAGAACACAACUGAUUCAUCCGCCAUCCUCAUUAAGGAUUCUACUCGUCUCAAUACUGGAACCUAUGAAAUCAAAAUCAAGAAUGUGUUUGGCACAGCGUCUGCUUCUAUUAGAAUACAAAUUCUAGACAAACCUGGACCUCCAGCUGGACAGAUCGAAUUCAAAUCAGUCACUGCUGACAAGAUAACAAUAGGAUGGGAGCAAGUGGAUGAUGAUGGAGGUUCCAAAGUAACUCAUUAUACUGUAGAAAAGCGAGAGACGAGUAGAGUAGUUUGGUCCACGGUCUCUGAAGCAAUGGAACAACGUACAGUCACUGUUCAAAAAUUGGCCAGAGGAAAUGAAUAUGUCUUCCGUGUGAGAGGUGUUAAUAAAUUUGGAGCUGGAGAUCCUCUGGAAUCUGAGCCUGUUAUUGCCAAAAAUGCAUUUGUUACUCCAGGACAACCUUCCACACCAACAGCAACAGAUAUCACCAGAACGUCUAUGCAGAUUGUUUGGGAUAAACCUGGUGUUGAUGGUGGAAGCAUGGUUACAUGCUACUAUCUAGAGAGACGUGAUAAGAAGAGUCUGCGCUGGGUGAAGGUGUACAAAGACCCCAUUGCUGACACCAAAGCAAAGGUCCAUCAUCUUACAGAAGGAAAUGAAUAUCAGUUCCGUGUAUGUGCAAUUAAUAAGGCUGGAGAAGGUCCACACUCAGAUGUUUCAGAUUUCUACAAAGCUGCUGAUCCAGUUGACCCACCAUAUGAACCAACUAAGCUGAAGGUUGUUGACUCAACUAAAACGUCAAUCACACUUGGAUGGUCAAAACCAGAAUAUGAUGGAGGCAGUGAAAUCACCAGCUAUGUUGUUGAGAAAAAAAUUGGUGAAGAGGGGGAAUGGACAGUAAUUAGCCAUAAGGGAGAAGUAAGAACAACAGAGUAUGUUGCUUCAGAUCUUAAACCAGAUGUUGACUACUACUUCCGUGUAUCUGCUAUCAAUUGUGCUGGACGAGGAGAUCCAAUAGAAAUGGAGGAACCAGUCCAAGCCAAAGAUAUUCUUGAGGAAGCCCAGGUUGACACUGAUGUUGCAAUGAGAACUCACUACAUUGUGAAAGCUGGUAAAGAUGUUGAAAUUAUGGUUCCGCUUAAAGGCAGACCAGCUCCAAGUGUCUCUUGGAAGAAAGAAGAACAAAGCAUUGAUAAUGAUCCCAAAUAUGUCAUUCAUAACACAAACACUUUGUCAAGUCUUCUCAUGACACAAGUAACUAGAAAUGACACUGGUAAAUAUACCAUUCACAUAUCAAAUGGUGUAGGGGAACCAAAGACUUUAACAGUGUCUGUUAAAGUACAGGACACCCCAGCUGCUUGUAGAAAUCUGGUCUUGAAAGAUGUCACUCGAGGGAAAGUUACACUUUGCUGGGAGCCCCCUCUACAGGAUGGUGGAGCAGAAAUCACCAAUUAUGUUUUUGAGAAGAGAGAUUCAUCAAAGCGUACAUAUACUUGUGUGACAAAUAAAUGUAAAGAGACUACAUAUGUAAUUGAGGACCUCUCUGAGAAGACAUCCUUCUUCUUCCGGGUAUUAGCAGAAAAUGAAAAUGGAAUUGGAGAUCCAUGUGAAACAGCAGAGCCAGUUAAAGCCACUGAGACACCAGGUCCAAUCCAUGACCUUGCUAUGAAAGAUUCCACGAAAACAUCAGUAACACUACAGUGGAAUAAACCAGAUUAUGAUGGUGGUAGCAUUAUUACAGACUUCAUCAUUGAGAAGAAACAAGGUGAAGAGGAAUGGGCUCCUGCUGGCACAAGCAAACACUGUGAAUUUGAAAUAAAAAAACUAAAGGAACUCACUGAAAUGUUUUUCAGAGUUUGUUCAAAGAAUGAGAAAGGAAAUAGUGACUUUACUGAAAUCGGACCAAUUAAAGUGAAAGACUACAUUAUUCCACCAGAAGCUUACCUUGAUGAUUACCCUGAUGGCCAAAUUAGUGUGCGCUUGGGACACAAUGUUCACAUCGAAUUGCCGUAUAGAGGUAAACCAAGGCCAACUAUUAUUUGGUUAAAGGACAACUUGCCACUUAAGGAGAGUGAAAAAGUCCGCUUUAAGAAGACAGAGAACAAGGCCAUAUUAAUGAUAAAGAAUGUGGAGAAAGAGAAUGGUGGUAAAUACACACUUACUCUUGACAACAAAUCCUCCAGAAAAUCAUUCCAUAUACAGGUUAUUACCCUUGGACCACCCUCUAAACCUAUUGGACCCAUCCGUUUGGAUGAGGUCAGAGCAGAAAGUAUAACAAUAUCGUGGGAUGAACCAAAUGAUGAUGGAGGUGGAGAAAUGUCCUGCUACACAGUUGAAAAACAUGACACCUCUCAAACAGACUGGAAGAUGGCUUGUUCAAGAGUAAUUGGAACUACAUUUAAGGUACCUAAUCUGAUUAAGGGAACUCAAUAUCAGUUCAGGGUUUGUGCAGAGAACAGAUAUGGUGCAAGUGAACCUUUAGUUUCCCAAAAUGUCAUUGCCAAGCAUGAGUUCCGACCACCAGGCUCUCCAGGCAUGCCAUUUGUUUACAAUAUCACAAAUGAUGGCAUGACAAUACAGUGGGAUGCACCCAUUUUUGACGGAGGUUGUCCAAUUCUUGGCUACCAUGUUGAAAAGAAAGAGAAGAACAGCGUAAUGUGGCAAAAGGUCAACACAUUCUUGGUGAAAGAUCGGGAGUUCAGGGUCCUUGGUCUCAUUGAAGGUCUGGAGUACCAGUUCAGAGUCUAUGCACAGAAUGAUUCUGGAUACAGUCGCAUGAGUGAUGCAAGCAAACUCAAUAUGGCUGUUUCUCCAGUUGAUCCUCCUGGUACCCUUGACUAUGUUGAUGUGAAAAGUGAAUCAGUUAAACUCAAGUGGGAAGCACCCAAGCGGGAUGGUGGAAGCAAAAUUGUUGCUUACGAUGUGGAGAAACGGCAGGGCAAGGGACGGUGGUUAAAGUGCAACUUUUCAAAUGUCACUGACACCGAAUUUGAAGUGACUGGUCUUGCUUGUGGUGAACGCUAUGAGUUUAGAGUCAUAGCAAGAAAUGCUAUUGGGACAGUGAGCCCACCCUCUCAGUCAUCUGGAUAUGUAGUAAUAAGAGAUGAAAGUUUUGCUCCAAACAUUGAAUUUGGCCUGGAGUACUUUGAGGGAGUAUCUGUCAAAGCUGGGGAAAACAUCAGACUCAAAGUAACUAUUACUGGAAGACCAACACCAAAGGUUGCCUGGUUCAGAGAUGGUACUGAAUUAACCAAGAAAAUGGUUGACAUCACAACAAUUUCUGGGUCAAGCAUCCUCUUUAUUAGAGAUGCUGACCGUAGUCACCGUGGUAUUUACACUGUGGAAGCCACAAACCCAUCAGGAAAUAAGAAGGAAGCAAUGAAAGUUGAAGUUUUUGAUACACCUGGAGAACCUGUAGGACCAGUCAUGUUCUCAGAUAUCUCUGAAGGCAAAGUUACACUUUCAUGGAAUCCACCUGAGAAUGAUGGCUGUUCUGAGGUCACACAUUACAAUGUUGAGAAGCGUGAAACCUCUAAAAUUUCAUGGGCUCUUGUUACGGAUGAGUGCCUGAAAUGCACAUACAAUGCCACCAAACUGAUCAAGACCAAUGAGUACCAGUUCCGUGUUUCUGCAGUCAAUAGGUUUGGUGUUAGUAGACCACUGGAAUCUGCUCCUGUGAUUGCACAGCUGCAAUACACUGUUCCAGAUUCCCCUGGAACUCCGGAUGCAACAGAUGUUGAUGGAGAGAGUAUCACAAUCAACUGGGCUCCUCCCACACAUGAUGGUGGAAACCCAAUUAAAUAUUACAUUGUGGAAAGACGUGAAAAGAAGACUGGUCGUUGGCUGAAGGUGUUAACAAGAAAACCCAUUGUUGAGGCUGCACACAGAGUGACUCAUCUCAUUGAGAAUGUGGAGUAUGAAUUCCGUGUGUAUGCUGUGAAUGAUGCUGGAAUUGGAUCACCAAGCAACAUUUCACUACCAAUUAAAUGUGCAGAGCCAACUGAAGAACCAGAUGCCCCAUCUAUUGUAAAUGUCACUGACACUACAAAUACAUCUGUUAGCUUGGAGUGGACCAGACCUGCUAAUGAUGGGGGUAUGGAAGUCCAUGGCUACAUUAUUGAGAUGUGCAAGGGAUCUGAAGAGACAUGGAACAGAGUCAAUGAAGAUCUUUGUGCUGUUACUAAAUAUACAGUAUCUGGUUUGGAAACUGGUGCAGAGUACAAGUUCCGUAUUUGUGCAGUCAAUUCUGUUGGAAAGGGUGAAGCCAAAGAGAUAUCUGAGCCAGUACAAGCUGUAGACAGACUUUUGGCACCAGAAAUUGAUAUUGAUGCAACGUUCAAACAGACGCAUAUUGUGAAGAGUGGAGGAAGUGUUUUUCUCCGUAUUAGCUUUAAGGGAAAGCCAACACCCACGGCUUCCUGGACAAAAGUAGAUGGAGAACUUGGUGUUAUGGCAGAUGUUACCAUCACUGAAACAUUCACAGCUUUAAUGUUGGAGAACUGCACUAGAAACGAUACUGGCAAGUACACUCUCACACUUGAGAACAGUAGUGGCAGUAAAUCUAUCACUGUAACUGUUAAAGUAUUGGAUACACCUGGAAUGCCCAGCACUUUCUCCAUCAAGGAAGUCACAAGAGGAGCUCUCUCACUUGUUUGGGAACCUCCUAUAAAUGAUGGUGGCGCACGUGUUCAUCAUUACGUUGUUGAGAAGCGUGAGGCCAGCCGUCGUACAUGGACAGAGGCAGCACCCAAGACCAAUCAAACAAGCUUGAGGAUCUCUGAUCUCCUGGAAGGUGUACCUUAUUUCUUCAAAGUCAUGGCUGAGAAUCAAUAUGGUUUUGGUGAGGCAUAUGAAAUGCCUAAUCCAAUUGUUGCCACAGCGGAACCCGCUGCACCAAAGAGAGUUGAUAUCAUUGACACCACCGACACAACAGCAACCUUGGCCUGGCUCAAGCCAGAGCAUGAUGGAGGAAGUCGUAUCACAGGCUACUGUGUUGAAUCAAAGGCUAUAGGCAUAGAUAAAUGGGUUCUUUGUGGCACAACGAAAAACUUAACAAUUGUUAUUGAAGGCCUUAUUGAGAAUUCUGAGUACGAAUUCCGUGUCAAGGCUAAGAAUGAUGCUGGGUUGAGUGCGCCAAGAGAGGCCUUCUCCUCAGUCAUCAUCAAAGAGCCACGAAUUGAACCCACUGCAGAUCUCAGUGGCAUCACCAACCAACUUAUUACUUGCAGGACUGGUGACUCAUUUGAGAUUGACGUUCCAAUUAGUGGCAGACCUGCUCCAAAGGUAAUCUGGAAGCUUGAAGAGAUGAGGCUAAAAGAAACUGACAGGGUAUCAAUUAAGACUACCAAAACCAGAACAAUUCUCACUCUUAAAGAAAGCAUGAGGGGUGAUGGAGGCAGUUAUUUCCUUACUCUUGAAAAUGUCACUGGAUCAAAAACUUUCACUGUUAAUGUCAAUGUGAUUGGCAGACCAAGCCCUCCGGAGGGCCCUAUUGAGAUUUCUUCAAUUACAUCAGAGUCAUGUGUACUGACAUGGAAUCCACCUGAAGAUGAUGGUGGAACGGACAUCACAAACUACAUUGUUGAGAAGCGUGAAUCUGGCUGCACUGCCUGGCAGCUUAUCAACUCAAGCGUAAAGCAUACUUCACUCCAUGUUUCACAUCUGACCAAAUACAUGCAGUAUACUUUCCGCAUCUGUGCUGAAAACCGAUUUGGUGUGAGCAAACCAACAGAAUCUGAGACGAUUGUUGCGGAGCAUCCAUUUGUUCCUCCAGGUCCUCCACCGAGGCCAGAACUGUUCUCUGUAACUGCCAACAGCAUGAGUAUUCGUUGGGAGGAACCAUACCACGAUGGUGGCAGCAAGAUUUCUGGAUACUGGAUUGAAAAGAAGGAGCGUAAUACAAUUCUCUGGGUGAGAGAAAACAAGAUACCAUGCUUUGAAUGCUACUACAAGGUGGAAGAUCUUGUUGAGGGUCUUGAAUACCAGUUCAGAGUGUAUGCAAUGAACAGUGCUGGCCUCAGCAAAGCAAGCGAAGCUACGAAAAGAUCUGUGGCACAAAACCCAGUUGAUCCUCCAGGAAAAUCAGAAGUUACGGGUGUAUCAAGAUCCACAGUCUCAAUUAAAUGGUCUGUGCCUCUGAAUGAUGGUGGAAGCCCAAUCACAGGCUACAUUGUUGAGAGAAAGCCAUAUACUCUAACUGGAGAGGGUCGUUGGCUCAAGUGCAACUACACUAAUGUUACUGACACACGUUUCACUAUCACUGCACUGGGAGAAGGAGAAGAAUAUGAAUUCCGUGUCAUUGCCAAAAAUGCUAAUGGAGUGCUCAGCACACCAUCACUUUCAACUGGACCUGUCACCUGCAAAGCAGAAUACAGUCCUCCUAAAGCUGAACUGGACAGCAAACUCCUUGUGGACACAGUCACAAUCAGAGCUGGAUCUGACCUGGUACUUGACGCUGCUGUUGGUGGUAAACCUGAACCAAAGGUUUCCUGGGCCAAGGGAACAAAAGAGCUAGAGCUGUGUGAGAAAUAUUCUCUCCAGUACUCUAGUACCCGUGCACUGGCAAUCAUCAAGUUCUGUGACAGAGAUGACACUGGAAAGUAUGUUUUGACAGUAAAGAAUGCAAGUGGCACCAAAACCGCUGAGGUCAAUGUUAAAGUACUUGAUACACCUGGGCCUUGUCAGGAGAUCACAGUCAGCAAUGUAUCUAAGGACAAAUGCACAGUCUCUUGGAAAGAGCCACUGGAAGAUGGAGGUGACACCAUCACACAUUACACUGUUGAAAGAAGGGACACCAACAGACUAAACUGGGUGAUCAUGGAGGCUGAAUGCAAAGCCCUAUCAUGCAACAUCACAAGGCUUUUCAAGAACAAUGAAUAUAUUUUCCGUGUGAGGGGUGUGAACAAGUAUGGAGCAGGUGUGGUCAUACAGUCUAACCCCAUCAUUGCCAGGAACUCAUUCACUGUCCCAUUACCUCCUGGAGGACCAGAAAUCCUUGCAGUUGGAAAAAACUUUGCAACGAUCGAAUGGAUGAAACCUGAGAGUGAUGGUGGCAGUGAAGUUACAAACUACUUAAUUGAGAUGCGUGAAAGAAAGAGCGCAAGAUGGAUCAAGGUUAACAGAGAUUCUCUUCAAAAGGACACGUCCUUCAAAGUCACUGGUCUUCAAGAAGGCAACAUUUACCAGUUCCGUAUUACAGCCAUUAAUGCAGCUGGUGAUAGUGAACCCAGUGAAGUGUCAAUGUAUGCAGUAUGUAGAGAACCAACAGGCACUCCAGAUGCUCCCUCAAUUCCACGUGUUACAGACACGCACCAUGACAGCAUUAGUCUUGCCUGGACACGGCCUGUUGAAGAUGGUGGAGCUGAUGUUAUUGGUUACAUUUUUGAGAUGCAAGAAGUUGGUUCAGAAGAAUGGACAAAAGUGCAUGAAAAGAAUCUCAGGGUGACUGAACACACUGUUACAGGCCUUGCUGCUGGCAAGAAAUACUGUUUCAGAGUUGCAGCAGUCAAUGUAAAUGGAUCUGGUGACUUCAGUGAACCAUGUGCAGAGACAGAGCCAGUCGAAAGAAUUGAAAUCCCUGACCUUGAGCUGCCGGAUGAUCUGCUGAAGACAAUAUGCCUGAGAGCAGGAAGUUCCCUGCGCCUCCAUGUAACUGUUACUGGAAGACCAUUACCAACUAUCACUUGGAGCAAGCCUGAUGUGGAUCUCCAAAAUCGUGGCUUUAUUGAAGUCACUAAUACUGCCACAACUCUCAUUAUUGAUAAAGUACACCGCUACGAUGCUGGUAGAUAUACAGUGGAAGCCUCAAAUUCAGCUGGAAAGAAGGAUGCAAGCAUUCUUGUCAAAAUUUAUGAUACGCCUGGUCCACCUGGUCCUAUUAAAAUGAAGGAACUUACAAAGGAUUCCGCCCUUAUUACUUGGGAUGCACCGGAGAUUGAUGGUGGAGCACCUGUUAACAAUUAUGUCAUUGAAAGGCGAGAAGCAUCAAUGAGAGCAUACAAAUCUGUUACAUCUAAAUGCAGCAAGACGUCAUACAAAAUUACUGGUCUGGCAGAGGGAAUGAUGUAUUACUUCAGAGUCUUACCAGAAAAUAUAUAUGGUGUUGGUGAACCUUGCGAGACAAGUGAUGUUGUUUUGGUGUGUGAAGUCCCACUGCCACCAGCCAAGCUUGAAGUUGUAGAUGUUACCAAGUCCAGUGUAUCACUUGCAUGGGAGAAACCUUUACAUGAUGGAGGCAGCAGAAUCAUAGCCUACAUUGUUGAGGCUUGUAAGGCUGGUACUGACAAGUGGAUGAAGGUGACUACUUUGAAACUUACAGACUUCGAGUUCACUAUCGUAUCACUGAAUGAAAAUGAGCAGUACCUCUUCAGGGUACGUGCUGUUAACAGCAGAGGUCCUGGUGAGCCAAAAGAAAUUGUGACCGCGGUCGCAGUUCAAGAACAAAGAGUUAUGCCAAAGAUUGACCUAUCUACUAUUCCACAAAAGAUGAUCAGUGUUUUGGCAGGCAAACCUCUUGAGCUCGACCUGCCAAUCAUAGGAAGACCACCACCAGUUUGCUCUUGGUUCUUCAAUGACAAUAGAUUAAAAAUACAGGAGCGUGUUAAGAUCAAGUCAACUGCAAAAUCCUCAAAAAUAACUAUUCUAAAUACCACCAUUGAUGACAGUGGAGUGUAUACUCUUGAAGUGAAAAACGUUACAGGAGUGACAACUGAAAACAUCAAAGUCGUCAUUCUUGAUAAACCCGAUGAACCGCAAGGACCCAUUCGAUUUGAUGAAAUUGAUGAAAUCGCAGUCACAAUAAGCUGGGAUCCACCUAGAAGAGAUGGUGGUGCCCCAGUAUCUAACUAUGUUGUUGAACAACGUGACGCUCAUCGACCAGGAUGGGUGCCUGUGUCUGAAUCAGUUAGCAGACCAACAUUCAAGUUUGAUAGAUUGACAGAGGGUGAUGAAUAUGUGUUCCGUGUUGCAGCAGCCAAUCGAUAUGGCACUGGGGAGUACUUGCAGUCAGAAAUUGUAAUGUGCAAGAGCUCCAAGUCUAUUCCGGGACCACCUGGAAGACCCAUCAUCUUUGAUGUCUCACGUGAUGGUAUGACAGUUGCCUGGGAGCCUCCAGAUGAGGAUGGUGGUUUGGAGGUGUCUGGCUAUAUUAUUGAACGCAAGGAGGUCAGAUCUGAUAGGUGGAUACGUGCCAAUAAAAAUCCAGUGACAAUGACAAGAUACAGAUCCACUGGUUUGAUUGAAGGCUUGGAAUAUGAGCACAGGGUCACAGCAAUCAAUGCCCGUGGUGUUGGCAAACCCAGUCUUCUUUCUAAAGCAGCAGUAGCAACUGAUCCAGUUGAUCCACCUGGAUCACCUCAAAAUCCAAGAGUAACAGAUACCACAAAAUCUUCUGUGUCUUUGGCCUGGAGUCCUCCAGAUGAAGAGGGUGGUGCUAAGGUAACAGGCUAUUUAAUUGAGAUGCAAAAGGUUGGUUCAGUAACCUGGAUAAAGUGCAACACCACACCAUCUCUGAUCUGCGAAUAUACAUUGACACAAAUGCCACAAGGAGAGGAAUUCAAAUUCCGUGUCAUGGCUUGCAAUGCUGGAGGACCAGGAGAACCAGCUGAAGUACCAGGAGUUGUGACCAUAACAGAGAUGCUUGAUCCUCCAAGUUAUGAUCUUGAGGCAAAAUACAAAGAUGUUCUCGUUGUCAGAUCUGGAGGAGUCAUCAGACUUUCCGUGCCUAUUAAAGGCAAACCUACUCCUACCUGCAAAUGGACCAAGGAUGGAGCAGAGGUGACGAACCGUGCAUUACUUGCCUCCAAUGAGGACGGAACUGAGCUUGUAAUUAAAGACGCUGAAAGGUCUGAUUCUGGCAUUUACAAUCUCCAACUGGAAAACAAAUGUGGCAAAAAGAUGCUAUCUAUCAAAGUUAAGGUUAUUGGCCGCUCAUCUGCACCCGAAGGCCCUCUUGGAAUUGAUGAUAUUCAAGCACAUUCUGUAAGACUUAGCUGGAAACCUCCAACAGAUGAUGGUGCCUCUGAAAUUAUAGGCUACAUUGUGGAGAGACGUGAAGUAUCAAAAGCAGCUUGGUACACUGUUGACUCUCGAGUGGUUGACACAUCAUUUGUCGUUAAGGGAUUACAAGAAAAUGUUGAAUACCACAUUAAGGUGACUGCAGAGAACCAGUUUGGAAUCAGUAACUCUCUGAAAUCGAAGGAACCAGUUGUACCAAAGACUCCAAUUUGUGUACCAGAGCCUUCAGGUACUCCACCAGAAAUCAUGGAUGUUACUAAAUGCUCUGCUGCUCUGGCUUGGACUAAACCCAAAGAUGAUGGUGGAUCUCGCAUUACCGGUUACUUCAUUGACUACAAAGAAGUGUCAUCCGAUAAGUGGAUUCGUCAUGAGACAAAGAUUACCUCAACAAUGUACACCCUCAGCGGACUCACUACUGAUGCUGAGUAUCAGUUCCGUGUUAUUGUCGUGAAUGAGAUUGGACAGAGUGAACCAGGACCGGCUUCGGACUCAGUAAUAUGCAAAGAUCCAUUUGAUAAACCAAGCCAGCCAGGAGAAAUUGAUGUUGUGACUGUAACCAAAGACUACAUUAAAAUUCACUGGGAGGCUCCAGAGUGUGAUGGUGGAAAACCAGUCCUUGGUUACUGGAUUGAAUACAGAAAGUCUGGAGAGAGCGCUUGGAAGAAAUGCAAUAAGGAGCGCACAAAGGACAAAGAGAACACCCAGGGCGCUCUACAAGAGGCAACAGAAUAUGAAUUCAGAGUAUUUGCUGAAAAUGAAACCGGAAUCAGCAGGCCACGCAGAACAGCAACUACAAUCAAAACUAAACUGGGCAUUGGAGCUAAACCAGCUCUUAGAAAAGAGAUGGAUGAAUUGACUGCCAAACUUGGACAGACUGCAACUCUCAAAUGCCAGAUCAUUGGAAGGCCUGUUCCAGAAAUUAAAUGGUACAAGGGUGGAAAGGAAAUCAAAGAAGGUCGCAAAUAUGCUGCAACCUCUGAUGGCCGCAACCAUACACUGACCAUUUCAACAGAUCAACAGGAAGAUGAGGGUCUGUACACAUGCAGGGCUGUAAAUGAAGCCGGUGAAUGUGAGACCAGUGGAAUUCUGGUUCUAGAAGCAGCACCACAGUUCCCAGUGCAACUUAAAGACAAAUAUUUUGCAACAUGUGGUAGCACAGUGCGCAUUCAUGCUGUUUACAUUGGCCGACCUCAGCCGAAGAUCAUGUGGCUUUCUGGAGCCAAGGCUCUGGAGCCCUCUGAGAAUGUCGUAGUUGAAAAUACAGAGCAUUACACUCAUUUGAUUCUCAAGAAUGUACAGCGCAGAGUACAUGGAGGGAAGUACAGAAUCAGGAUCAACAACCACUUUGGGUCUGCUGAUACUGUAACUCAAGUUGAAAUCUUAGAUAAACCUGCAGUGCCAGAAGGUCCGCUUGUUCUUGAUGCUCUGUUGAAGAAUUCUGUGAUCAUUAGCUGGAAGGCUCCUAAAGAUGAUGGAGGAUCUAUGAUCACAAAUUAUAUUGUAGAAAAGCGUGAAGACAAGGAAAACGCAGAGUGGGAACUUGUAUCAUCAUCCAUAACAGGCACUUCAUGCAGAAUUCCAAACCUUGUUGAAAAUGAGGGAUACUACUUCCGAGUUUCAGCACAAAACCGCUAUGGUAACAGUGACCUACUUGAGACUCCAUUUGCUAUCCUCAUCAAGAGUCAGCUAGAGAGGCCAGGAGCUCCGCUGAAGCCAGCAGUCUCCGGACUCACCAAAAACUCCUGUGUUGUCUCUUGGAAACCACCCCUCAGUGAUGGAGGCUCUAAAAUUAAGAACUACUGUCUUGAAAAACGGGACAAAAAGAAGGGUGAAUGGGUUCUGGUUACAACAGAUGAAAUCCACCAGACCGUUUAUUCUGUCAAGGGUCUAACCGAAGGAGAAGAGCAUGAGUUCCGGGUAAAAUGUGAAAACCUUGGAGGACAAAGCGAUUACAGUGAAGUGUCUGACCCUGUCAUUCCUAAGACCGACAUUGAAAUACGGGCCCCUGCCUUCAAGGAAGACCUCAGAAACAUGAGUGUGAAAUUCAAAAGCAAUGCAACAUUUGUCUGCAAGAUAACAGGACAACCCAAGCCUGUGAUAAAAUGGUUCAAGCGUGGUAAAGAAGUUCAGGCUGAAAGCACCAAAAUCAAGAUCCAAGAAUUUAAGGGUGGCUACCAUCAGCUUGUUAUUGCUGACUGUGAUGCAGAAGACUCAACUGUAUAUCAGAUCAGAGCAACAAACCAGGGUGGAUCUAUUUCUGCUACUGUUUCUCUAGAUGUUGAAGUCCCCGCUAAGAUUCACCUACCCAAGAAUCUACAAGGAAAGGAGGCUAUCCCUGCCCUUCGUGGUGAAGUAGUAAACAUUAAGAUUCCAUUCAGUGGAAAACCAGAUCCAGUUAUUACCUGGCAAAAAGGACAAGACCUUAUCGAUAACAAUGGACACUAUCAAGUUAUCGUUACAAGAUCGUUUACAUCUCUUGUAUUCGUGAAUGGAGUUGAACGGAAUGAUGCUGGUUUCUAUAUUGUAUGUGCCAAAAACAGAUUUGGAAUUGACCAGCAAAGAGUCGAGCUCGAUGUUGCAGAUGUACCUGAUCCACCACGUGGAAUCAUAGCAAGUGAUGUAUCAAGAGAUUCUGUAACACUUAACUGGUUAGCACCUGCCAAUGAUGGUGGCAGUAAAGUCACAAACUAUAUCAUAGAAAAGUGUGCCACAACAGCAGAAAGGUGGAUUCGUGUUGGCCAGUCUCGUGACACCCACUACACCGUUGUCAAUCUGUUUGGAAAGACCAGUUAUCAGUUCCGUGUCAUAGCUGAAAAUAAAUUUGGUCAGAGUGCACCAUCGGAGUCUAGUGGACCUGUUGUGACAAAGGAGGAUAAAUCAAGAGUUCUCAACUAUGAUGAGGAAGUAGAUGACACCAGACCUGUUUCCAAGAGCAAAGCUCCUCAUUCAGAGGCCACAAAUCUUCAUAACAAUUACAUGAUUGCUGAAGAGCUUGGCCGUGGACAGUUUGGUAUUGUGCACAGGUGUAUUGAGACCAGCUCUGAGAAGACUUAUAUGGCUAAGUUUGUUAAAGUAAGAGGUGCAGAUCAGGCACUUGUAAAGAAAGAAAUUGCAACGCUGAAUGUGGCUCGCCACAAGAACUUCUUGUUGCUCCAUGAGUCAUUUGACAGCCCUGAAGAGCUAGUCAUGAUUUAUGAGUUCAUAUCGGGUGUGGACAUACUUGAGCGCCUUGGUACAGCCAACUUUGAGCUCAAUGAACGUGCAAUCGUUAGCUACAUCAGACAAGUGUGUGAGGCUCUUGAAUUCCUCCACGGUAAAAGUUAUGGGCACUUUGACAUCCGGCCUGAAAAUAUAGUGUAUACCACAAGAAGAGGAACUAAUGUCAAGAUCAUUGAGCUUGGACAAGCAAGACACCUUACACCUGGGGAGCAGAUUAAAAUUCAGUACACAACAGCUGAGUUUGCAGCACCAGAAAUACAUCAAAAUGAGAUGGUUAGCACUGUAACAGAUAUGUGGUCUGUUGGUGUUCUUGUCUAUGUACUUCUUACUGGUCUAAAUCCAUUUGCUGCUGAAACUAAUCAGCAAAUGAUUGAGAGCAUUUCAAAUGCUGAGUACAGUUUUGAUGAUGAAUCCUUCAAGGACGUAAGUGUUGAGGCAUUAGACUUUGUGGAUCGUCUCCUUACCAAAGAGCGUAAACAUCGCAUGACUGCUGCUGAGGCUUUGAAUCAUCCUUGGCUGACAAUUAACACGGAAGAGCUAAGUACUAGGUCAAUCACAAUAACACGUCAUAAGAGAUAUUACCAAGCCAUGGUGAAGAAAGAAUGGAACACUGUUGUCUCAUCUGCUCGUGUUGCCAAUGGUGGUUCUAUCAGAGGUCAGAGAGGAGUAACAGCUUCUAAAGUGAAGAUUGCACCAUUUGAACAUGGUCCAGUUGCAGGACAGAUUAAACACAGUCUUGCAGAUGAAAACGAUGACAUUAAGUUCAUUUGCAACAUUGACAAUUACGAUAGCAGUACCGAAGUAACAUGGUACUGUGGAGUAAGACAAUUAGAAGAAAGUUCCAGAUACGAAAUUACUUAUGAAGAUGGGCUUGCUACCAUAACUAUCAAGGGAAUCACCAGAACAGAUGAUGGAACAUACAGGUGUAAGAUUGUCAAUGAGUAUGGUGAGGACAGUGCCUAUGCUGAGCUCUUUGUCAAAGGGGUAAGAUCCUACCGUGAGUUCUUCACUUCACGUGUGGUAAAGAAAGUUAAACGCAGAGUUGACACAACAAGAUUACUCCAAAACCCUCCUGAAUUUACCUUGCCAUUGUGCAACCGCACAGCUUACAUUGGAGAAGAUGUGCGCUUUGGUGUCACCAUCACAGUGCAUCCUGAACCUCGUGUGAUGUGGUUGAAAACUGGUCAAAAGAUUCUACCAGGAGAUGAUGACAAGAAAUACACGUUUAUCACUGACAAGGGCUUGUAUCAGUUAUUGAUUCAUAAACUCGAUCCAGAUGACGAUGCGGAAUACACUGUUUUGGCAAGAAACAGAUUUGGGGAGGACAGCUGCAAAGCCCGUCUCACAGUGGUUCCUCGUCCUGCUCCUGCUGAUAAUACUCUGAGACCUAUGUUCAAACGCCUCCUUGCAAAUCUGGGAUGCAGAGAAGGCCAGAGUGUACGUUUUGAAAUGCGAGUGUCAGGCCAUCCUUCAUUGAAAUGGGAGAAAGAUGGCAUGCCUUUGGCAUUUGGUCCACAAAUUGAAGUUGUCCAUGAAGGCUUGGAUUACUAUGUCCUGCAUGUCAGAGAUACUCUUCCAGAGGAUUCUGGCAUAUACAGAGUCAUCGCAACUAAUUCGGCUGGAUCUGCAAGUUGCCAAUCCACACUCAAGGUUGAACGGGUGACACAUGUAAAGAAGGAGAUUGAGAGUGUGGAAGAAAAGAAGAAAAAGCCAGAUCAUGAUCAGCAGGAAAUGGACAAGAAAGUGAGACUAACUCAGAUUCUUUCCGGAGGAGAUGUUACCCCACUUACUCCAGUAGCACAGCAAGCACUAAGAGAAGCUGCAACUAUGUUCAAGCCAGCAAUCAUUACUAAGAAAGUAAAAAGUGAAGCUGAAGAAGCCAAAGAGAAAGAGGAGAAAAGGAAGAGGGCAGAAGAAAAGAGGUUAAGAAUGCCAUAUGUUGUUCCUCCACCCCGUGUUGUUGCUCCUACUGCUCUUGAGGAGGACAUGGAAAUCAAACACUUUGUGCCAUUCUCUGAUAUGAAGUGGUACAAGAAGCUUCGUGAUCAGUAUGAGUUCCCAGAGCCAAUGGAAAAGUUCCCUCAGAAAAGACUUAAACGUAUCCGGCUCUCGAGGUGGGAUCAGUUCUAUGAGAUACCCCUGCCAAGAAUUAAAGAUCAAUACAAGCCCAGAUGGCAUAUUCCAUCAGUUUCCCAGGAUGACCUUGAGACUGUAAGACCAGCAAGACAUCGCACACCUUCUCCAGAACUGGAGGCAUACUACAGAAUUAGGAGACGUUCUCUUGGGGACCUUUCUGAUGAGGAACUGCUUCUUCCAGUAAAUGAAUACCUGUCAAUGAAGAGAACAGAAGAGGAAAGGCUUAAACUGGAGGAUGAACUUGAAUUAGGCUACUCUGCUUCCCCACCAAGUCUCAGCCCUGUACGCUUCGAACUCUCUGCAUUGCAACAUCCAUCACCCAAGAGAGCUGCAUACAAUGAGGAAGAUGAGGAAAUUCCAACAUAUGACUCCUAUCGUAUUCCCUCUAAAUAUGAGGCCGGUCCAAGCUAUGUUGACUUGCGUCAGCGUCACGAUAGGGCAACAUACAGGCCUCCAAGACAAAAGCAAAGACUAUAUGAAGAAAAAGAGGAUCAAGAACUGCUUAGAUCAGUAUCUACCACCACAAGAUUGACAUCCUAUAAGACACGACUGCAGCAAAUAGAAUUUGAGGAAAAAACUAAGGGAAAAAGAAAAGAGAAAACAAGAGUUUCAGUACCAGCAAUAAGUGAGGGGGUAUCAACUGAUAUACUUACUUCCUUUUCUUCUGGAUAUGUCAAAGUGACUCAAAGUGCUAAGUCUGAAAAGCUUUCUGCUGCUGUGGUUGAGAAAGAAGUGGUAAGUGUCAGAACAUCUUCCCUGGAAAAGGCACAUCCACAUUCCCCCAGCCUUGAUUCAUCUGAAAAAGCCUCUACACAAGACCUGUCAGUAAAGGUUGAUUAUAUGUCAAGGUAUGAGUCAAAAAAGAAAGCUUUAAAAACAGACAGGAAGUUUGAAAUUGUGACCCAGCAGCCUUUUAGCCUUGAUCAUGCUCCCCGAGUGACUGUAAGAAUGCGCUCACACCGUGUGCCAGUUGGUCAAAACACCAAAUUUACUCUAAAUGUUCAAUCUAAACCAGAAGCUCAGAUUAAAUGGUACCACAAUGGACAGCAGAUUGAAGAAAGCAGAAAGUACCGCAUGUUCAACAUGAGUGGAGUUUUGUCUCUUCAAAUCAUUGACUGUCAGGAAGAGGACAGCGGCACCUACCGUGUUGUCAGCUCAAACGCAAAGGGAGAGGCUUCUGACUAUGCUACUCUAGAUGUUACUGAGGGUGCAUUUUCUGCAUAUGCCUCACAGCGCAAAGAUGAAGAGCCACCAACACCCUUUGUCCCUGAGAUGACAAAACGUGAUGUUUUUCAUGUUUCCACCACAAAAGCAGCGACUGCAUUAGAAACUCUAGUUUCAGAAAAAGUGGCAGUAUCGGAAACUAGUAGUGAGACAAAGGAGACAGUUGUUAAGGAGUAUGCAACAUCUGAGAUCAAGCUUGAAGCUAUGGAAGUGACCAGAGUUGAGGAAGUUUUGGUUGAGAAAACAUCUGAGACCAGACUUGAAGCUUCAGAAGUAACAACAGUAGAGGAAGUGGUAGUUGUGAAAAAGAAGCCAACUCUACCAGCUGCAAUUUUGACUAAACCACAGUCUGUCACAGUAUUGGAGGGAGAAUCAGUCAAAUUCACAUGUGAUGUUGAUGGUGAACCCACACCCACUGUAACAUGGCAACGAGAGGGACUAAUACUUGUCUCAUCUCAUCGUCACCAUAUUACCUCGGUAGAAUAUAAAUCCACUUUUGAGAUUACCCAAGUUGAAAUGUCGGAUGGAGGUAAUUACACUGUAGUGGUGGAGAACCCUGAAGGUAAACAGGAGGCACAAUUCAGUCUGACUGUUCGUAAACCAACACCUGUGCAAAAAGUGGUUGCUUCGACUCCAAGAGUGAAGUCUCCAGAGUCUCCCCGUAUAAAAUCACCGAUGGGAAUCAGGUCUCCGCUGAGAAUGAAAUCACCUGAGCCAAUCAAAUCUCCACAGAGAGUAAAGUCUCCACCCACAGUAAAGUCACCUACUCCAAAAGAAAAGACAUCCAAACCGAUUUUCUCAUCAGAACUGAAAGACAUCUCAGCUUCCACAGAUUCUAUUAUAAAGCUUACAGUGAAAAUGACUGGUGAGCCUAAACCAGUUACCACCUGGAUGAAGGAUGGCAAGAUUCUCUCUCAGGGUGGAAAAUAUGAAAUCUUUGAAGAGGAUGGUUUGGCACAUCUUGAAAUCUACGACUCGGAUGUCACCGACAGUGGAGUAUACACAUGUGCUGCCAAAAACAUUGCUGGAUCGGUUACUACAAACAGCACCAUAACCAUUAAUGCAAAAACAGCAGCAGUUGCAAUGGAAACAAAAGCAGAGCUGACAGAGCAAAUUGUCAAAAAGGAAAUUGCCUAUGAGGAGGAGCAGACCUUUAGAGAAAUUAAAGCAUCCAAAACCCAAAUGACAAUGACUAAAGGUCAGACUGUCACACUGCGAGCAAGCAUCCCAGGGGCCUCGGAUGUGAAAUGGAUCCUGAACGGACUUAAGCUUUCAAAUUCAGAAAACUACAGAUACGGCUUGUCAAGCAAUGAUCACACAUUGACAAUUAAAAGUGUCAGCCACCACGACCAGGGAAUUCUCACUUGUGAGGCCAAAACUGAACAUGGUGUGGUGAAGUGCCAGUUUGACAUGACCAUCAGUGAAAUGCUUUUUGAUGCACCAAGCUUCCUUGUGCAACCACGCUCCCAGAAUGUUAAUGAGGGACAAGAUGUCACAUUGUCAUGUGAAAUCACUGGUGAACCAUCACCUGAAGUUGAGUGGCUCAAGGAUAAUGCAGUGAUUUUGAUUACAUCAAACAUGAAAUUAAGCCGCUCAAAGAAUGUGUACAAACUUGAGAUUCACAAUGCUGCCAUUGAAGACAGUGGAAAAUAUACGAUUAAAGCAAAGAACAAAUUUGGACAGUGCUCCGCAACAGCAUCACUAAAUGUCCUGACUCUGAUUGAGGAACCUGCCAAAAUGAUAAUUAUGGAGAAAAGCUCUGAUGCUACCAGCAUGCAGGGCAGCAUCUCUGCAAAGCAUGUCGAAUCAAAAAUGCAAGAGACAUCCUUCACCAGCACCAGCAUGUCUGAUGUUAAAUUUGAGAGCAUGUCAGCAUCUAGCAUGUCCUCCAUGUCAUCUGAAGCGAUGAUGGCUAUGAGCUCUAGCAGUAUAAUGGCUAUGAGUACCAGCAGUAUGAUGGCAAUGUCCAGUCACUCGCAUGUUGAGGGGUCAUCCAUCAGAGCAAUUUCUCAUGGCCUCAAAGGUACACCCCCAAAGAUCGAAGCUGCCCCUGAAAAUAUCAGUAUCGAGUCUGGAAAGAUCCUGACUGUAGCAUGUGCUUUCACUGGAGACCCAAUGCCAUACGUAGAAUGGUUACAUUUAGGGAAGACACUGUCCAGCACGGAGAAGAGCGGAAGAUUCAAGAUCGAAAAUUCUCAGGAUCUCACCACUCUCGUUAUAAGUGGCGUGAAAGAGACUGAUGCUGGAGCAUACACCUUGAAACUUUCAAAUGAGCUUGGAUCAGAUUUCACAACUGUUAAUGUCAGCAUUCGAUCUAUGUAAAAAAUUAUAUAAUACUAAUUGAACCCUCACCCCAUUUCCCUCAUUCAACAUCUUUCUAUUUAUAGAAUGAGAAAAAAGACCUAGAUGUCUGUUCUUGUAAAUAUUAAGUAUUUUUAUACCAAACUUGACAUUAAUUUAUGCCAAACUAGACAAAAGUCUAAAGUCGUUAUGAAAUGUGCCAUAUUGGAUAGUUAUGACCAGAGGUUCUGCACCAUUUUGUGACAUGUACAUAAUGUAUAUAGCCGAAAUUACCGGUUAUGGAAAAUGUAUGCGUUGUUAUUUAUGACAAACAAAUGAAACUAAAUGUUUAACAGGAGAAAGUUUCACACGAAACGAAUACCCUGUUAAACCUGAAACGAAACGAAACUAUGUGCCUCAACAGUAAGUUGAAGUCUUAAGAUUGCCUCAACGGGUAGAGAGGCUCCCUGUUGAAGUUUUACUAAAAUCUGUGAGACAAAGCUAUGCACUGUGCAUCUGUGCGUGCAGUAAUGCAGUAAACAAGAAUUUAUGACUUGAACAUAAGACCUUGAAUGUUGUUUGCAUAUACCCUCAUGUAAGCAAGAUGACUAGGCCUUGUGCUCAGACUGACGAAGUCAUACCGCCAUUUUAAUGACAUGCUCAAUGUGCGAGCGGCCUGCACAAUGAGCUCAUGAUAAUUUUUGAGCACGUUUCUGACAAAGGACCGUUUGAAUUCUGAUUUUAUGAAAGUAACAUCACCUGACCAUUCAUUGUAAAAUCAAUUCAAGUGCUUCUCUGCAGAAGCUGUGCCAACUCCUGGAGGAUUGCUAGGUUAUAUUUUGUGUGUUUGUGUGUGUGUGUUAGCAUUAGAAUCUCACUUUGUCAGUCGUCAGGGUAUUCAUCCAGCAACGUACCACAGAGCCUUCAUGUGCUAUGCUAAGAACAAAAAGUAUAUGAAUGUAAUACCCUGCACAUUGAAUUAUUAGAACUAAUUUAUGUAGUAUUGCCCAUAUAUUAAGCCUCCUUGAGUUUUAGGAAUUAUUGUUUUAAUAAAGCAUGUUUUCAGCACC